UCUUAGAAAUGUAAAUUUGACAAAAAUCUUUUUGUAAACUGUCCUAAAUAGAGGCGGUUUUCCAAAUUUCGGUUGAACGAGUGCAGUAUAGCAUCAAUUAGACAGCGACCUGUUAAUUUUGGGUUGGUUUUGUUUCAACAAUGAUGGACGAAACGUGAGUAAAUCCCGCAAAAAUAGUUGAGCUUGACUUGAUGGUCUGACUUUCCAAACAAAAUCAAAAUGACUUCAGAAUCUCGCGAUCGUGCAGCUGGUAAGGGGAAAUCAUCGGUGUAUUUCAAAAGAGGAAUGAGCGAGGAAAUUACCUAUGAAGAUAUACUGCUUGCUCAAUACAUGGAUGAAAUUCAAAGAAGUCCUCCAGUUCGCAAAGGAAGGUAAGUGGGUGAUCUGUUUUUAUAUGGGGUUUAGGACUCCUUUACAGGUUAUCCUUUGGCCUUUGACCAUAGAUUGUCAUAUAUAAGUUGUGCAGGAAGACGUGAUGUCUCGAGGCAUGCAGCAGUCGCCUUGAUAUUCUUUAUGGACGUCUUGAUAAUCAGGGUGUCUCUAAUCCCUGUAUAAGAGAUAUCAGGGGCGGGUCCACGAUUUUUCUUAGGAAAGGGUGCACCCCCAAUCAGUGGCGUAACUGACUAGUGACGUAAACAAAUUUUAAAAGUGAAUACGAAGAAGAAGGCUUUUGACUAGACAACAACAUACUAAUGUAAACUGCUGAGAAUACAUAUCAAACGAUACAGCAGAUUUUGUAUAGAGUGUUUUCACAUGACGUCACGCCGGCCAUAUUGGUGUCCCAAAACAAUGAAACGGCAGCCAUGUUGGUGUCCCAAACCAGUCCUCUGGGAGGUGAACUCUUUUCUUAUGCAAACGCUUUCUUUUGUUCCAAUAAAUUUGCAUAGAUGCUGGCCACGUGAGUGAAAACACUCUAUAACUGUAUUGGAAAGCUGCAGGUCAUCUCAGGGGGAGGGGGUGUGCACUCCCUGUACCCUCCCCCUAGAUUUGCCCCAACAUAAUGUCUUUGAAGUCCGUGGCUCCACUAGCAUCUCAUACACUUCCCCCCAUGUUCAUCUCUGUGGAUUAGUUAAACCAUGACAAAGACACUUACUUAGUGUGGACACCUCAGUAUAAAAAGCAGCAGCUAAAUCCCCAUAAAAAAGAAAAUGGCUUAAAAUUCCGAAAAUAAGCCCUGGGUCUUACAUUUUUCCAAGGCCCUUUUUGAGGGGCUUAUUACAUGGAGGGAAAUUUGCGUUUCAAAAUUGGCUAGGCUUAUACUGUCUAUACUGACAGGGAAAUAUACGUCUCAAAAUCAAUUGGUAAUCGCCUUGAGGAUGUUUACAAAUCUUACUAAAACUCAGCCAUGCAAGUACUUUGCCUAUUUGGGACGAGGAAAUCAAAGCUAAGAGUUAAGAAUGAACUGUGCAAACAGCAAUAUACAUGUACUGUGACACUUUUUGACUGCAUUCAUUUGGCACAAGUAAAAGUUCUUUGCCAAAUGCCGGAAAUUAUGCGUUACUGUACAGUUUUUGCUUUGUUUUAUUUUGACGAUUUUUAGGGCAAUUUCCAAGUACGAGCUGUUGGGGGAUUGUGUUUGGGGGCUUGUAUUGCCUUCUCAGGUUCUUCAUUUGAAUCUGGCCAAAAUCAGCACACCCCACAGAUCAUUCACUAACCUGCUGUAUGUAGUGGAAACAUAAGGACUGCAGUCACUAUUAGACUAUCAGUGAUUUUCCACUGCUCAUUUCAUAGGAAAUAGAAGGAAAAUUGAACCAAAGAGAACUUCCAUGUCUUUCAAUUUCCCAUCUACUACAAUGUACCAGUAAUUGCAUAUACCCAGCAACUUGAAGGCUGUACUCUAAGAAAUAUUAAGGGAAGUCCAAUGCUCUGCACCUGUAAAACCCAGUGUGCCCUGUAUAAAAUUAUGAUUUCCAUAAAAAAAGAACUGAUUUGCUAGUCACCCGGGAGCGAAUAUUAGGUGCCAGGGACCUGCAUGCACAGCUAGAGCACAGCCUUGAACUUGAAGUCUUAGUGACAGCCCUUCCUUUAUGCAAAACCGGGUCUUCUAAUAAUAUAUUAUGAUUUUAUUUUUUGUUUUAAGGGAAGCCAGACUGUCUCCUUAUGCUGUUUCAACUGGGAGUAGUACUCGGCUAAAGAGACCCAAGUCUGCAGUUUUAUCACAAAGAGGACAGUCUAAAAGUUCUGCAGGGCCACCUCAGACAGUGAUUGGUUGGGCUGAUAAGACAGACUGGACAUUGACCAAUCAGAGUCCAAAGCAACGCACCCGCCCAGUAUCUGCUCCAGCCACCAGAAACAGGUAAUGUACACAUAAUUAUCAAUUAAUAAAGGAAUAAAAGGCAUGGCAAGUGGUUUAUGUGACUUUAUAAGUGUGUGGGGAUUUAAGAACUUGAAAGAAGUGCUAGAGAAGCGUACAUUGUAAGGUGCAGGUAAUUGUUUCUCACACUUUAAUGUUCUUAACAUUUCCAAGUGUCUUUGUUAAACUUAAUGGUGCAACAGGAACAAGCUUUGUCAUUUAUUUUAUAAACUGAGCCUCUUCAUUCGACACUCUCUGUUUAUCUAACAUUAUUCAAAACAAAACCGUUUGUAAUUUUUUCUCUGUACAGAUCAGGCUCAUUUAGCUCUGCAACUUCAUCACUUUCUAGAAACACUUCAGGUAAAGUGAAAGAUAACUUAUAGUGAAUAUACAUUUGCGCAUGAUUACUUUAUGCUACUGUUGAGGGUUGUAUAAUCAUGGUAACACCUGUAAGAGUCACCAUGAACUUUGAAGAGGAGUCACUGUUUACUGGUUUAUAAACUACAGGGUAUGUUACAACUUACUAUAAGCUGUAACUGAUUAUGAUAAAAAUACAAAUUAUAACACAUAAAAGUCUUUGACGGGCUAGAAUGGUGGGUUGUUUGGAUGCCUUCUACUUCAAAGGAACCUCUGUCUGCAGAAAACCUCAAAGAAAACCCCACUGACACAGGAAAUGAUGCAGGAAAAGAUGUUGUAAUUACUAAUAAAGUUUUCAUUUUACAUACAUUUUUCUGAAGCAGUCGUAUUUUAAUGGUAAGAAAUGAUUGUUCUUAUGGAACCCAUUCGGAGGUUUUGUUUUUAUUAUUUUAACUUGUAUUUAAAUUUUGUAAAGAGAGGGAACAGUGAUUUUUACUGACCCAUGUUUCAGGAAUUCCUUUAAAUAAAAACCGUUACCAAGACUUCUAUGAUAUUUUAUGGUUUAAACGUAUUCCUGCAUUGUAGUAAUACUAUUAUUUGAAUCUUUCUUUAGUGUCCAGUUCUGUUAGUGGAAAGAAAACUAAACCAUUGUUCAAGAGGAAGCCUCAGCUCAUUUGUGUCCGGGCCUUUCAGAAUGGAAACAGGGAUAACUAUGCACGGAUAACUGUUCCAGAUCUUCAGCAGGUAAACAGGUUUUGAACAACUUCAAUUGGAUGACUAUAAUAUUAUUACUCUUGUUUACAACUUGUCUUGUUAUAAUCAAUCCUUCAGCUACUUGAUGCCUGCACUGAGAAACUAGGACUUGUGUCUGCUGCAAGAAAGCUGUUUUUAUCUGAUGGAACUCCAGUUGCACAUGCUAGCCAGCUGCCGAGGGAUGUGGAUGUUUAUGUUUCUUGUGGAGAGCCUUUCCGUGAUCCUUAUGCUACCAUACGAGGUAAUAAUAAUUUAUUAGUACUAAAAUUAAACACAGGUGAUGUCAUUUGGUCAUCUGCUUGAGUGUAGUCUUGUACAGGACUGGAGGGGACCUUUACAUAAUGUAGAUUGGACUUUUAAUACAAGGUUGAGUGCAAUUAAAAAGUGAUGUUUUCAAACCAAUGUUAUGUGCCUCAGAUAUAUGUACACUUGUCACGACAAUUUUAUCUCUUACAGUGUACAUCUCUCAAUAUUCUGGUUAGCAACAGGACAGAGUGACAAAAUUAUUUUGGGGGCAUAAAUUGUACGUGUAACUACUGGUACAUCAACAUGUACAUGUAGUUCAAAAUUCUAAAGUUGUACUCAUACUUGACGUUAUACUCAUAGUCAAAUCUUAAGGUUUCUAUUGGUAACAAAGUAAAAUUGGUUUAAAAUCAACCAAGUUGAUAAUUAAAAGCAAACUGGCCCCUCAGAGAGAGAGAGCUCUUCAUCAGAGAGGAUUCAACUGUAGUAUCGAAGUUUUAACAACAUGUUUGAAAGUCAUCAUAAAUAGUUUGCUUUGUCUUAACAAGACUGACGUUGUUGACCUCUUCUGAUCAAUAGUGCAUACAAUGUACUCUCAUUGGUGUUCUUUUCUGGUCUUUCUAAAUGGUCUGUAGUUAUGGUCUUUUACCCUGGUUGUUUAAGUAUUAAGCCUUGAUGUGUCGCACACACCUCUGAAUUCCAUGUGAUACAUGAAGUUAGGCAUCCAUUUUGAAUACAUUUUCUUGGAGCGAAACACUUUUUUAUGAAUUUUUCGGCAGUUUUGAGAAAAGAGCGUGGAGGACUGUCUCCAAUAAUCUCAGAGCACUUGAUUAUCAGAGGAUAGAGAAUUGAUCCAGUUUGUUGUUUAUGACAGAUAGAGAAGAACUGAGAAGAUCCGCCUCAUGGACGUUAAGUGGGAUUGUUCUCCCUGAGGAUCGAUCCAGAGGUCGCACAAAGCCAUCUUUGUCCAAGAGGAUGAAGUCAUUAGUUGAAAGUCAGAAGAGGAGAAUUCUUGUGUUUAGAAAUGGUGAAAGUUCUGAGGGAGUGGAGAUUGUGGCUGGGAGAUUUGAUGAGGUACAGUCUGUAUAGAUCAGCUGUUUAACCCAUUCACCCCUGAAUCAGUUGUUGUGAUGUCAUUGCUUUUAGCUGUCAAGGACAACUUUGGCAUCUGGUUUGUGCUGGGGAAAGAGCCAGAUCUUUUGUUAAACUUAAAAAUUUAUUAUGUUGGGAAUUUUAAAGUUGAGGGAUGUUUUACCAAAAAUUUGUACAUCCAGUACAUUGUAAGUGAAUAAUGCACUAACCCUUGAAGCUAACCCCUCACAGCUACUUGCACAUGUAUGUGCAGGUGUAUAGCACAAAAGGUUUCCCUAGAAGUUUAAGGGGAGGAUUAACAAGAGGUUUCCUAGAUCAUCUCAUGGCCUGUACAUGAUAACUUAUACCAACCGAGUUUUCACAUAUACAAUUAUAAAUGUGAUGAAUAGAAAUAGUAAUUAUUAUUAUAAUCUCUGUAGUUCUUGGAUGACUGCACAAAGAAGUUAAACCUAGAGUCAGGAGCCAGGCUUUUGUUUGACUGGCAGGGAAAGGAGAUCAAGAGCUUCUCUGAUGGUUAGCUGAGGUUUUUUUAAUGCUUUGUUUAAACAGUUGAACAGUAAUAAACCCACUUACCUUUCUAUGAUAAUUUUAAUUCUGGGCAGGGCAGACAAACAAAACCAAAAACAAAAACAAAACAAACAUUGAAUUCUCCCAUUUUAUUUUUUCUUGGCUUAAGUCUAUGAAUAGAUGUACAUGUCUUUGUGUACAUGGUUUUUGUGGUGUUCAUGUAUGAUUUAGUCAGAAGAUGAACUGACUGGCACUUGCCCCUGGGCAAGUGAACAAGAAAAGUUUCUUGCCAGUGAGAAAAAGUCUUGUUUUGACAUACAGUAACAAUAAAUUUGAAUGCAGUUCUGAUCAGUUACCAUUCUCUUUUACAGUUCCUGUACUGGACAGAAUUCUUCAGCCGUCAACUAGUGUCAUUCUAGGCCCUGUGUGGGUGACAAGGGGUGCAGAGCGCUUCAGUCCUAAAGGAGCAUAUCACUUCAUUACCACACUUCUGUUUAGCACCAAAGAUAGAUUAAAACAAAGUAAAGCUUACAAACAACAGGUAUCGAAACUAUAUGUUUUUGAAAAAAAAGGGGGAAAAGAAAAACAAGUUAACAACCCAUGGAUUCAACCUCAGACAAAACCGUUGAGACAGUUCCUUCUAUUUUCUAAGUGUGCACCAUACUACCAUCUCCUCUAACAAAAAAAUUAAGCCCCCUCCUCACCCUCUAUUCCAAAUUGUUUUGGUCUAAAAACCAAUGUGUAUAAAUCUCCUAAUAGGGUAAGGGAAAGGGUGGGGGGAGGUUGCAGAGGGAGGGAAACAGGCAUUCAUUUGGUGAUUGUUUCCAUUUUUGCUAUGAUACAAAAAGGUAUUUUUAAGAUGUGUCUCAACCCGUUUUGUUCCAGGUUGUAGCAUUGAUAAUUUAUCAAAAGAAAAUAGUCUUCUUGACUUUUCCCAAUUAUCUGUUAAAUAUCUCAGCUGCUAAUGUCACUUGGGAAGUGAAGCACAUUUAGGUUUCCAGGGCUGUCACUAAGAUUUCAAGUUGCCGGGUAAAUACAACAAGUAGGCAGGGAAUCAAACAGCUAGGGAUUUCUUUUGGUUCUAUUUUUCUUCUAUUUUCCUAUGAAAGUAGCCGGGGGAAAUCCCCGGCCACCGCCUCUUAAUGAAAACCCUGGGUUUCUGGGAAACUGGCCACCUAACCCUCCCCUAACCCAAGAUUUUGCCUUAAGUGAAAAGCAAUCAGGGGUAUGUGGGCAGUUUCACAGAAACCUAAAUUAAUCCAAAUAUUUCCAGCCAAAUUUCAGCUUCUGGUUUCCAGUGGUUUGUUUUUGUUGGCUAUAACAACUGAAAAUUCAUUCUCAAAACUGGACAAAAAACAGAACCCUUUCUGUUACUUACAGCUGCAACAAUUGCUGGAGUUUAAUUAGUGAAAACGUUCUUAUUCUAAAGUAUUUAUUCAUUUUCAACAGCUAGAGGAAAGUCUGAAGGGUGAAGAAGUUGUUUCCAAAGAGAUCAUGGCUAUGAGUGAAGCAGAGAUUGAGAAUGAAAUAAAGGAGGUGUGAGUUGUUUUAUAGAAUUAUUUCCGGUUUAAACUUUCUUUGUCCUAAAUACACAAGGAAAACUGAGGGAGGGCAAACCUUCACGUGUAGGACAAUUGCAGAGUGGAACGCUUUUGAUCCAACCAUCAGAAAGAAACCAUCAAUUGCCAGUUUUAAGCGCACUUUAUACAAGAAAUUUUUAACCGAUCAGAAAACCUCCUCAAUACCGCCCAAAAGUAAGUUACCACCCUCUUGCGAGAUGCGAAUCGCGUCGCGCGCUACGCGAUUCCUGUAGCGCAGAAAGAAAGAGCAAAUUAAGCUAACAAUAUUUCGUGGUCGUACGCCGAGUUGUAUUUUUACCGGUUUUUUGAUAUCUCGUCGGCGAAAGUUGCCGCUGCGCGUAAACGAUAACAAAUGCACUUGUUUGGCCGCGGGGCGGUGGAUUGCAAAAGUUAACUGUGGUCCCGGUUCAUGAUUAUCAAAAAUGACAACGUUUUAGGCCCCACAGUCAAAUUUUAUAGUGAGGGGACGCAAAGCAUUGCGACUGAAACAAACAUGCACAAACCUGAGAGAAUUGGCACGGAUCAUACAAAAUUCCUGCAAUUAGGGCCUGUUUACAUGGAGGUGAGGGAUCCCAGGUAGGUGAGGUGCGGUAACCCGCCUGUCCAUAUAAUCUCUCAGUUUAAUUAGAUCACGUUUACAUGAUAGGUGGGGUGACCUGCGAAGGCGGGUAGCCCGGGUUACCCUCUCAGCCGGGGCAAAUUUUGCCAUGUAAACGUUUCAAGGUGGGGUAACCCAGCUAGCCGGGGUCGGUCUCGUGAUACAUCAAUUUUGCGCAAAAAUCACUUUGGCGGUGGCUUUGCAUCAUUAUUAAAGGUAACAAUAGAAAGCCACAGCCCUGAAGGUUGCAGCAAGAGCAGCAAGUGAGUGUUGAAGAGCAUUAAUCGCCAAAACACGUGGUUUUCCGGCAUUUUUCUUGUUUACGUGCUUAGCGACCAUUCAAUAAUCUUGAGAAAGUGCGGGGUUGUAAGAUUGCGUGUAAAGGAGGGUUAUGUUUUUACCCCACCUAAGCGGGUUACCUCAACUAUCUGGGAUCGCCACCUCCAAGUAGACAGGCCCUUAGUAUAGGUAAUAGCAUGAUUAGUAGUGAUAUGUGACAUACAUACCACGAGUGAUAUUUCGAAAUUGUUAUACGUAAUUUCACGAGCCGUUAGGGGAGUGAAAUUGAAGACAAUUUUGAAAUAUCACGAGUGGUAUUUAUGCCAAAUAUCACUUACAAAUCAUGCUAUUAUUUGUUUAUACUACUACCCGCAAAAGGUUUGUAACUUUCACCUGCAUGUCGGUAUUUCAAAUUAAGCUGAAAUACUACUGCUCUAAGCCAAUCAAAUUGCAGAAAUUAUUUUCUCAUGUAGUAGUUUAAGCUAAUUAAUUAUGCAGUGAGAAUAGUACAGACUUGUAUAAGAGACAUUUGUUGUCUUUAAAUGAAGGUUGAACAGCACAUCAGUGAUUUGUCAAGUGCGAUACCCACCCUGAAUUCACAUCUGGGAAUAGUGGAGGGAGCAGCGCAAGACGAGGAAUCAUCAGGACUAGAGAAUUACAGAUACAAACACAUGACGCAUAUAGCCCCAGAAAGUAGAUUGUUGGCUAAACAAGGACUCAAAUUAAAGGUAAAUAUUUGUACUUGAUAGUCAAACUGUAAACAUCUGAUUAUGUCGGUAAUUAAUAUGUUUGUUUAGAACUGAAAUCAGUUUGGAGUAAUUCUCAUAGGGGGCGUCUAAUGGACAGGGGGCAUUUAUUAGAGACCUGUGUCAAUUACAAUUUUCACAUCGUUGAUGGGGCGUUUUUUAGAUAAGAGGUGUUUAUUUGGAAGUGGGCGUUUAUUAGGUCAUUUACGGUAAUACAGUAUAUGUUUUGAAAUUGCCUAUACAAAGCAACUUGAAAUCUUAGUGCCAACCCUGCGAAAUUGUUGAUACUGACCGAUGACUUAUUACCCCACGAAAAGACUGAUUCAAUCGUUCAAUACUUGCAAACUCUAAGACUGAUAUUUGUGAAUAGGUUAGCUGAAAUUUUUAGUCAUGAAAAAAGCCAGCGAUGUGAAAAUACGCGCCAAAAUGCUACCGUGGCCGUUGAAAGCAAUUGGGCUAGUUCGCGAAGCCGUGCGGACGCAUCUUUAAGUUACUAAAUUAGAUUAGCCACACUUCUUUGCAGCCCUUAUUUCUUAUAAUAUUGUGAUGUCGAGGUGGCCUCUCUUUAUAAGCCUGGUGGUUUCUUGAGGUUUCCUCGCCUAACAACCUGCUGUAUCCUGUUAAAUUUGCUGUAAAAAAAGGCUAAUAAAUGAUGAUGAUGAUGAUGAUGAAGCGCCAUGGUUAUACCUGUAUAACGGGUGGUACGCUUCACGGGGAUUUCACCGCUCGCCUGAGCUUCAGCAGAACCCUAUUUGCUAUAGGAAAUUUUUCAACUAGUGAUCAUCUAACGCUUAUGAUCUUGUGAUUAAGGUCGUGUUUUUCGUGUUGCUAGGUUUUUGAAAAUGGCUUCUCCGAAGGCUAUGUUGUUCUUCACUUCAACUUACACGAGGCCGAAAAAGGGAUUCAAGGCGAUAAGUCGCAACUGAUGCAUCGAUUUCUUGAUGCCUGCACAAGCUGUUCAAAGGUGUCAGAGAGUGGCGGUGGCCCAGCUGGAAGGAGAAUUGCUAAGAGAGUGUUUACAAGGGAUGGCGAGGAGAUCACCGACGUACAUGACCUGGGUUAUGAUCAGGAAAUAUGGUUGUCUUAUGGAGAGGACUUUAAACCACCGCAUGGUAAGGGUUUACGGUCAUCUCGCCACCAAACCAUCUCGCCACCAACAAAAUCGCCACUAAGAAGUCGACUCGCCACCGACGAGUAACUCGGAAAUAAUUGACAUAGUUUAAUGCAAAGCCUAGGAUUACUAACCUAAGAUUUACUUUUUCGUCAAGCUUAUUCUAACUGGAAGUUGAUUCAGAUACAAAUCUGUCGAUCCUAAUUGACGUUCUUUGCGUUGAACUUCUUAUGCUCUUAAUACUCCAAAUACUGGGUAAUAGAACAGGUUCAGUGAACGUAAACUUUGACAUUUGAGAGAUAAAGUCAGUUUCAUAACCACCAGUCAUUUCUUUGCAAUAUGAUAAUAAUAAUAAUAAAGUAACGGUUAAGAGAACAUUUCUGUUCGUGAAAGUUUUUUUCAUUAUUUUGUCUCGUUUACUUGUAACUUGUAAUUACAAUAAAGCUAAGUUCUAUUCUUGGUGGCGAUUUCGUUGGUAGCGAGAUGAUUUGGUGGCGAGGUGAUUGGAUACCAUAGUAGGCGUAUUUAAUGAGACUGAAAUCUUAAAGGGGCUGUGUCACAAUGGAAACCGGCACCAAAUUGUGUGAAACCGUAAAAACAAGAGGGCACUGAUGGACAAACUUUAAAAUAGACUGCAACUGCGGCUUUUGAAAACUUGUUAGCGUAACCGGUUUAUCAACGUUAUUUUUUAUGUCUGUAAUGUUUGAUAUAAUGCUUGGGACAUGAAGCUGUGAUUUUGUAAGAUUGACCAAUAAUUUCGCUCACUAACGCAGGGUUGUCACUAAGAUUUCACGUUACCAGGUAAAUACAACAAAUAGGUGGGGAAUCAAACAGCUAGGAAGUUCUUUUGGUUCUAUUUUUUUUCUAUUUUACUAUGAAAGUAGCUGGGGGCCACGUUUAUAGUUGCCGAAGGAAAUCCCGGGCCCCGCCUCUUAAUGACAGCCCUGCUAACGUUAAGUUCCGUUGCUAUUAAGUACGUGACAGUGGCAAUAUAAGCAAAAUGAACUAGACAGCCGUGAUACAAUACUCAAUCAAGCUCUCAAUUACUCGUCUUUUAAAAAAAUUGCUCAUGGUAGAUGGUUGCCUGCGUGCAGACGUCUCCUAUUUCCUUUGUUGCACGCGGAAAAGGGACGUCUGCGUAACGCCGUCGCUAAUCGUGUUCCAGCGUCCUGCUGGGUUCCCAAGAUCUUGGGAACACGCUGUGAUAGGCUGACACACAGUGCGCAUUGUUUGACUUAACGCUGAUUGGUUGUUAUCGAAUGUGGUCUGAUAAUGUAUGCGGUGAUUUAAAUGAUUUAUGUAAGCGGGGUUUUCUAACCAAAACAAAUCAAAACAUGUGCGAUUGUGUGCUGUGUUUUUCGUCGAUCGAAAAGCAGAGCGAUCGAAAUCUUGUGCGGGGACGCGGAAAAUUUAACGUGUACGAGGAAAUUAUUUCUUUACAAUUUACUGUGCAUGACACAUCACAUCACAUUUGUAAACAAUGUCUGAGAAAACUACAAAAGCGGCGUGGACUUCGCACCAGGCAGGCAUUUCGGAGAAAGCCAGCCAAAGAAACUAAAAUCUUUAUUUAGCCGUAACAAACAGAGGUCAAGAAAAUUUAAGUAAUGGUCCUUGUAAGAGGUAGGCAGGCGAACGGCAAAAGUGAUUAAAAGGUGCUAACUUUUAAUCAUUAAUUUCAAUUAAAUCAAGCGUUCUGAUUGGCCGAAAUCCAAAAAUCGCCAAAAAAACAGUCAAAAACGUGACAAAAACAACUUUUUUUAGCUUUAUUUUCCCCAUUCCCCUGUCUUAUACCUCACGGCCAAGUUUCAGCAUUGUUCUAUGCGCCAAUCAAAAGUUAGAGCGGAAAACGUGCAACACACGCGUUGUGACCCCAUCUUAGUGUGACACUCGAGAUGUUUGGAAAUUUGUCUUUUACCCGAAGAAAUCUCGUCAAUUUCUUCGUGAAGAAUCUGCAUUUUUUUCUUUAUUGAAUAUUUAUCUCAAUUUUACUGUAUUUUAUCAUCGGGGUGAUCGUCAAGCAUGGUUUGCUGCCGUCCUCGACAUGCCGAGUCGCCAUGUGGAAAUUUGGGCCCGGCGUAGUUGUUUUCGUUGUCAGGCCGGAUCAGGAGGAGAUCGGAAUAAUUGUGGCACUAGAAAUUGGAGAACAGCUGGGCAUAAAAGGAGAAAGCGAAAGAUUUCUUGUUUUUACAAGGAUGAAUUUAUUUCUCGCAGAGAUGUAGAACACUUGAGGUUGAGGUAAGCUGAAUUCAAUAGAUUUUCGCACCUCCGCGCGCAUUAUGUGUUAUUCAUGUGUUUGCCCUUUUCGAAACUUCCAUAUUCCGUGUAGCUUUACCCAUCUCUCAUUCGAUUUUUUUUUCUCUCUAGGCUGCUUCAUCAAGCGAAAUGGAAGUUCGCCGUGGACCUUAAGUUAAAAUGAGCGAAUUGAAAUUUGUGACACGUUUGCAUUUUGUACCUUUGAGUUCUGAGACGGAGAAUACUGAGACGGAAGCCGCUUAGGUAUCAUAAAUAGCUGUCACUGGUGUUUGAGUUUCUCUUGGUACGGAAGAUCUAGUGAGCAUGACUGUAGCUUGCCUUUAUUUUUUCCAAGGACGAAAGAGAUUGUAAGAAGGAUUUUUAUAGAGUAAUAUCAAAGCCUUGAAAACAGAUAAACUGUAGGAGAGCUUUUUCGGAAACCCAAUUAUCCGAACAUGCAGGAAUUUUUUCUAUCUGGGCAACAUCAUCUUUUUUUCCAAAAGCAGAACAUUUAGAUAACAUUUAGAUUUGACUUUGUGUACGUGUUGUUGUUCUGUAUGGUGGCCGAAUAUGAACGCGGGACAUUGGCGCGUUUGCCAGAUUCGCCAUGUGAGAGUGAAUUGCUGCUGUUUACGAUCAUGGUUUUGACAUUUCUUUUGUGAGAGCCGACGUAAAUGUUGUUCCCAACGUCGCUGAUUGAUGUAACACUGUGCUCAUCUUCGUAUAAUUUCAUAUCAGUUUAACUUCCUCGGGUUUGGCGCAUAGAAAUCUUUUAAAUUUUAGAUCUGUUAUAUUUUUCAACAUAACAAAGCAACAGACGAAAUAAAAAGUUGUUCGAAUGAGUCUUAAGCUAUCUUAAUUCAACUUUAAGAUUCAAAUUUCGCGCUUUUCGCUGUAUUGACCAUUCAGAGCAUUCAGAUUUAAUUUGAUUAGAGAAAUUAGCGCCUGAAAAAUAACUGACGCUGUUGCCGCGGGCUAUUGUUUUUCUGCCUGCUUCUUAGCUGGACCAUUACUUAAACACUUUACAUCUGCAUCUGAAAUCAAAUCCUAUCGGGAACACCCACAGAAGCAUAAACCACAGGAAAUGAUUACUCAGUAUGCAUGUAACAAACCUGCUUCAUGACCUCUAAAUGGAAGACUUAGCGCGGUAAAAGUGAGAUUUACUCAGUCAAACGUUUAGAAUGCUACAUGCACUGUGUAGUGCUAGUAAUCUUCGCGCGAGAGAGAAAAGAAGAAAAACCUCUGUUCAAGCAGACUCUCAAGGUCACGUUUCGCCCGUAUCACGAGCUUAUGAUGUUUUGUUUGGCCUGUCAACUCUUACUUCUAACCGGAUAUUAUUUCACAAUUUAUGCGAAAUAGAAUACCCUGCCAGCGGGACGCUGGAACACGAUUAGCGACGGCGUUACGCAGACGUCCCUUUUCCGCGUGCAACAAAGGAAAUAGGAGACGUCUGCACGCAGGCAAGGUAGAUGGGGGAUUCGCAGGUAGACUGAUUACCGCCACAUAUUCAUUUUAACAAUAUCAAGUAUUUCAUUAAUAGUACAGUAAUUUCCUUGCACUCAAGGUAGAUUUUAUUCAUCUGCAAAAUGAUAGUCUUUGGCUUUAACUUUGUUCGAAUUUUCAACGCUGAUUGUAGAGGAGGUUUUCCGGAUAACUUUGGAACCGGAUUAUUUUUCCCUCUACUCGAAGAAUACUUUGUAUCCAAAUGAAUGUUCUCGGAUUAGCUACUAUGUGUAAACGCCUACGAAUCGGAAUACGUGGAAACAUUUAUGAAUCCCUAGGAAUCUUUUCUAGUGCGAACCUUUAUAGCCUAAGGGCGCUUAUCAUUGUCAGAACUGGCUGGUCAGACCAGUUUAGUCUUGAGGAGAAUUCCACUAUAAACAAGACCGAUCCAGCUAUAUCAGUUUAUUCUUAAAUAGGGUGCACGGCGUUGAUGGGUUUUGUUAAGAAUUUCGAGAAGAGACUAAAAUUUCAUUUGGAAACUGACCGGUCUAGUCGGCCAUUUCUGACUACCGAAAAGCGCCCUAAGUUUAUUUACGAUUUCUGUUUUGCAGUUGUUGUUCUCGAGCUGUGCCUGGAUAAGGCCACUUGCAUGUCCCUUUGGGGUGAAAAGGAGAUGGUUCAAAGAGAGAGUUUUGAUGAUGAAGGCAGAGGCAAAGAAAAGUCUUCUUUGUGGAGAGCAGUGAAUGGUUUCCCAUCAGGCUGCAAACGGCAUCAUGUGAAUUUGCUUAACCCAGGAAGCGAGAUCUCACAAGCCCAGAGUCUCCAGGUGACUGAAUACUUCAUUAAUGUAUAUAAUAUUUAUGGUUUGUGUAUCAAGUGGCACACUAGUCGGCCAUUGAUCAGGUUGCUCGAUGGCAUGUGUUGUUGAUUCUUUAACCGAUGUUUGCCACUAUUCUGUUUGUUAUUGUCGUUUUUGUUGUUUCUAGUGCGUUGUCAUUAUUGUAUGUAUUAUUGCUUUUUCUGGACCUCCUAGUGGGGCUUGAUCCGUGAGUUAUCCAGGCCUUUGGGGGAAAUUUUUAAAUAAGUAAAUAAAUAAAUUCAUCCAAGGACAAAAGCGAAGCUCGCGUGGGGACUUUAAAGAAAUGUUUUCCUGGUCCCAGUUGUUCCAUAUCCAACGUAUAAAUCACUAUCCAGUGGAUAGAUAUUAGGGAAACCAAUUACACUAUGUACUGGUUAGAGAUUUAUCUAGUGGAUAGCAUUAUCCACCUUUUUAACAACUGGGGCCGAAAGUAAAGUUUUCUGAGCCUGCAAUCUGUUGAAUAACAUACUGUAACUGGUCAGCAGAGAACUUAACAAAAACCAAUCACCUCAAUGAGUUGUACACCUGAGUCUGCGAUACAGUCAUAUCACAAUGGUAAGCGGAUACCCUAUUUUGACAGCUGUCAAUUGAUCAUAACAUGGCUGUCCAAUGUCAAGUUAAUCACAAUUUGAAUAUGCCUUGGACUUUUAAUCUAGUAAAUAAGACAUUUCGCAUCCGCUUACAUGAAUAGGCGGACGUACGUAUUUACGAACGAUUUUAACCCAUUCGCCCCUGAACCGCCCGUAACCGCCCGUGCGGAUCCAGGUCCUUUCUACCCUUUGUGACGUCAUCAGUUUUAACGGUCAAGGACAACUUUCUUCGCUAACUUGUGCAGAGUGAAGAGAUCUUUCAAACCAUACCAGAAUGAGCACAAUUCAGUCAAGGACACCGGAGAAAGAAGCAAAAAACCACGUGACAAGGACCUGAAAAUCUCCAUGAAAAUCUUGUUCCAUUACCCACCUACCUUUCCUUUCACCUAAUCCUAAGAUCCUAAAAGCUUUCCUAAAAACUCUUCCCACCAAAAUGAAGCCUACUAAAUGCCCAGCAAGAGAAAAAAAAAUGAGGCAAGAAAAGCGAAAAAAGAAGGGAGGAGAGAAAGCGAAAAGUAAAAGUCAAGACUGCUGUGUCACUUUCUCGAAAUUUUGCUUUCUGCGCAUGCCCGAACUUCGCAAGCUGAUAUUUUGCAUCUGGAUCAGAAGGCCGCCAAGUGUACGACCUGUAAACCGGUUUGUGGUAAGUUUUAGCUCUUUAUAGCACGACAGUGACCAGAAAACCACUCGACUAGCUGCAAAAGGCGUUUUUCGGCAAAAUCUCCAGGAGCGAAUGGGUUAAAGAACUUCAGUUUACGAGACUAACGGCGUCGUCUAUAAUUGUGUAAAACAAAGACCUUUUAGCAUAAAGUAGAGAGAAUUAACUCAAAGUAGUAAUAUUAAAUUUGUUUUGGUUGACAUAAGGUGAUGCGUGUCGAUGAGAAUGGCUGCUUUCUACAGUUUAAAGAGAACAAGAAUCUUGUACUUUACCCAGAAGUCGCUAUCAAGGAAAAGAGGAAAAAAGGAAAAAGUUCCUGGCCACCUGAUGCUCAAGAAUGGAUUAUAACGCAGGUAUAGAACGAUGUAUAUUAAGUAAAAUUUCCAAGGAGUGUAUUCAAGAUCAGAUAUCACAAUUUGCUUGCCCAAUCAACGAUUUUCUUGAAUGAGUGUGGAGUGUAAUGCCCCAUUCAUUUUUGUAAUUUGCACUGAAUAUGCCAUCAACCUAAGACUUACGAAUUAUUAAUGUAAUAUAAUGAAUUAUUAAUAAGCUAUACCAUUGUAGGAAAAUAGUUGGGCAAGCGAGAAAAUGGCCCGGGCAAGUACAGUUGAAGAGUUACUUUUCCAAAGGGCAAGCUAACAGUCCAACUUUUUUCGAGCCCUGAGUAAGCAGCUUUUAAGAAGGAACAAUUGAAACCGUGUUUAAUUAAAGCUUUUAACGUGUGAAUGUGCCUUUAGUUAGAAGGUGACUUGCUUGGACCAUUGAACUUUAAAAAAUACUAGCCCAGCCAGAAAAUCUACUUGUCCAGUCCCAGACUACCGGACGGGACGUUUUCCGAGCCCUGCCCAGUCUAAUUGACAAUUAGCAGCUUUGAAAUCAGUAUUUUGGUACAGUAUCACAGGACAGUGUGAGUCGUCACGCAUGCUGUAACUUAAUAGCUGAACUUGAACGGCUUUUCUCCUUUUUUUUCUUCUCAAGGUAUGGUAAAAACUUGAUAAAUAGUCUCGUUUGGUUUCAGAGUGGCUUGAUUCAUAGUAAAGCAAUGCCUCAGCUUGUAUUGUCAAGGUCAGACCGCGCUGUUACCGUCCAGUACUCGGACAAUUCUUUGCAGGGGUAUCCUGUGGUCAUUGCAAAAAGGUAAUGUAUGUUUGCUUGGAUACCCUGGGAGAGUUAUCUCAUAAAUACAAACAUAUGAACCUCCUUCUACAGCGUACUAAACAAGCACCAGAGGAGAGUACUGCUCAGUAGCUUUCAUUUGAAUGGUCACACCACAGACUCAAAAGCAAGAACCACCUUGUGCAGCAUAAUAAACAGCCUUACUGUAAAGUGUUGCCCAGUAGCUUUACUCAAAAAUUAGAAACACCUUGUACAGUACAAUAAACAGCCUACUCCAGUAGAGUACUGCUCAGUGGCUUUCAUUUGAAUGGUACAGACUCAAAAGUUGCAACCACUUUGCGCUGUACUACAGCACAAUAAACAAUACUUCAGGGAAGUUGUUACUGAAGUCACUUGCAUUAGAUUGGACACCUUUAGGUUUUUAUGAUCCACAGACUCAAAAGUAAGAAACAACGUGUACAGCAUGACAGAAAGUAACACUCCAAAGUACAGCUCAGUAGCUUUUGUUUAAAUGCUAGGCCACACUUAAGUGAUUUAAUGUAAUGACUGGUAUUAUUAAACUUGUCCGUACAGUAUCUGGCGCCACUUGCAUAAACCUUAAAUUCGCCACUUUAGAAAUGAGAGGAAACAGGGCCGAGUUAACGUUCGCACAGACUUCUGGGAAUGUUACGAGGGACAGGGAAAAAAUAUUCGGCUCCAGUUCCCUUCUCGCUUCUAAAAUGGCGAACGAAGCGCUAAUAGAGAGAUUAAGAUUCACGUUUACGGCAAACGGCAGAUUUAAGUUGGGAAUUUCUCAGAAUAGAAAAUAAGUAGAUAAAAACUGUUCAGAACAAUUCUUACGGAUAAAACUGGCGUGAAACUACUUAUUUUUGAGUAGAAGUAAUAAACAGUACACGACAAUUUUUUCACGUGGUAGAAUUAACCUUAAACGUAAACUUUACGCCAAACAACAAACGGGAACAAUUAACAGCGUGGAAAAACUUGGAUUUUGCCAUCGGGCUAGUGAUUUUUGUUCUUAACUUGCCCAACGGGCAAGUGCUGUUUUUGGGGGCACUUUAAAUUACAGAAGGAUUGUAGUCAAUCCUGCUAAUCAAAAAGGGUUUUGGGGCUAGUUGAAAUGACUUGUGGGCUAGUACAUAGUAGCCACAGCUUGCCCGAAUGGCAGGCUGUAAAACUGACUUUCUUUGCACCCUGCUUAAUCUCUCUUAAUCUCUCUAUUGUCUGGCAUUUUCAAUACUUGCAGAAAUCCUAGUGACGUUAAUCAACAGUGGGGAUUUAGUCCAACAGGCCAGAUCUAUUCUCUUUCAAAACCCAACCUUGUGUUGACUUACAUCGAGAAUCGGCUGAUUGAGGACACAAUGUCUGCAGAAAAGUCUGCGGAAAGGCCAAGGGAAGCAACCAGUGACUUUCAUGCCAUGAAUGAUUCCCGAUUGGAACCCAGUCCAGCUGUUUCAGACAAGGCCGAGGAGAACCCUGAGACUGGUCUUGCCAACUUAAAGGAUGAGUUCAAUGGGUGUAGGUACUCAGUUGCUCUUCUGCCAAAGCGACACGCAGAUGGAACUCAAAGGUAAGUUGUUAAUUGCGGCCGACCAGUUGAACCUGUAAUCCUAAUCUCCAGGUUGCUAUCACGCAUGAGCGGCCCGAUAACUCGAACCUCGCGCUAACUCGAACUAAAGUCGAUUUCCCCUGGAUUUCCUUCAUACAUUUCCUGUAAUUUUACCCUCGGUAACUCGAGCCUCCCGCUAAUUCGAAGUAAUUUUUGUUUCCCUUCAGGUCAUUUCUAUAUAAUUUUACCCUCAGUAACUCGAAUCAUGUUUUUAGGACAUGACAACGGUGUACUGAAGUCCGAAACACUGAAUUUAGUUCAAAACAGCCGUGUCAAUUCUUUGGCUUUACUCUUUUGUCACUUCAGUUCAAUCAGUGUCCAUCCCUACAUAUUACUCGGCUUUGUCGCUUAAUUGCUUUUUUCAAAAUAUCAAUCUUUAUUUCUUGCUGCCUUUGAAGUGAAGUGUGCACGAUACUUGCAUUCCCUCCCCAUCCAUUUGCUUAUUUCCUUAUUUCGGGUUAUUUGCUUCGAACUCCCGAUAACUCGAACGUUUUAUCCAUUUCCCUAGAGAGUUCGAGUUAUCGGGAGUCAACUGUAUGUAGCUAGCAUUCCCUUGGGCUUCCACGAAGAAUGAAUGGAAUGCGUAGAGCGCCAUCUGAUGACGCGCGUUUGGACCUUCUAUCACUCGUAAUCUGACCUUUUAUCAUGUGAAUCUUACUCAAAGCACCAGCUUUGGAGCAAGGGCUUUGACCUUCGAUCAGAAGCCUGAAACUCGCCCGCACUCUCUAACCUUUGGUUAUUACUAGUUUAGUCACAAUUUCUGCCUCCUAAGCGCAAUCUCUUAAGGCGGCAUCGUACUCAUGGCAAACAUAACAGUUAACAAACAAGACGCUUGGAAAGCUAAUAAAAAAAGUUCGCUGGCUAAAAAGUUUCAGAAAACAUAAGCUUUCGGCUACCAGAGUGCAGCCUUUAACGAAUGAUGAGAAGCGCGCUCAUUGAAGCUGUUAAUAUAAGUUGUAGAUUACAUCCAAUGACGGUAGUUAAGUAUUCAUAUCUCCUACGUUAACGUAUCUGCUCUGUGCAGAAGUGUUUGCCGAAGACAAUUUCACCGUGAGUGACCAGCCGUGUUUUGGCAUACUAGUUUCCUUAUAAGGAACCGGUGCAGUUUUCAUGAUUUGAUUAAAGAAGUCUUUUGCCAGCACUCUGCUGAUAGCAUGCAGCUCUCCAAUGUCAAACACCCCUACACGUGCACUGGGGUACUUGUUUUUCUGACUGAUGUUUAGAUUUUAUGACAACUGUCAAACUAUGAUUUAUUAUUUGUAGAUGGGCUGUUAAACAGGAGGACUUCCUAAAUAUGGGUCAGUGGAAAAAUUCAACCAUUUCUAACCCAGAGUGGAACAAAAGGGCUUUAUCCUGGCCUGUUUAUGAAGAUGGCACUUGGAACUCAGUACGUCUGCAAUUUUAUAGUGAUCAGCUCGUAAAGAAAGUUUAAAAACCAUCGAACUUGAUUGCUUCUUUACAUUCUUAUCUCAUAGAAGUGAUAUGAAAUUAAGCUCAAUCUUAUUCGGCUAUUUCAGUAAACUUUAAUCCGAAAAAUACUACUUUAUCACUCAAGUCUGCGCAACAAAAUCAAAAGGUGAUAUAGGCCUUGUUGAAUAUCAAUAAACCUUUCCACAGUUCUUUUUUUUUCUACUUUUGACAUGGACAAGUUGGAGGAAAAUCCGUCUACUCUUCUGGAAAGAGCGCCUUUAAAUUAGCAAGCUCUCCAAGUUUGAAAAUGAUUUGUGGAAAACUAACGAAGGUAUAGCUCCUCAAAGUCGCGAAAUUGUACAGACGUUUAUAUGGUGCGGGCACACCCCCAACCCCACCCCCAACUCCACCAUAAAAAAGUGUAAGUUUUCGCAACUUUGAGGAGCUAUAACCUUCGCUUGCUUAAGGUGAAUCGCUUUCAAACUUUGCGAGUUUAUUAAUUUUAAGGCGCUCUUUCCCGUGGUGUCGAUGCAUUUUCUCUAACUGGUCCAUGUCGAAUGUUGACAAAACGGUGGAAGGGUCGAUUCCUCAGUUCAUCUCCUCUUCAAUAAGGUGUUAUGUAUACCUUUUACUCCUGGUAGAGACCAAAGAGAAAGUUCAUGAAAAAAACUUUUUUUUUUCAAAAUCUCUCCAACUAAAUAGUUCUAUGCAAAACUUCUGCCAAUUCGACAGCGCGCGAGCAACCCCCAACCCCUUACGCUAACGGUCAAUAAAUCCCUCCCUUAUUUCCAUAAGCGCGCUUGACGAUCUCUUAAGAGAAAAUAUAGUGUCUGAACAGGCUAUCCAAUUUGUUUAUACUAAAUUUUGAUGAUGCUGUACAUUCAUGGCGACGGUAUGUUUGUCUUUGUCUCUUGAAGGACUUCACUUGGCCCAUGGAAGGGUUUCUGUUACCUUAUGCUCCACCGGUCAAGAAGCCCUCACACAAGAAAGCAGUCCCUACAAGUAAUAUUAAUUUACUGAAGGCAUGCUGGGGAUUAUUCAUCCUUGGAGACCCAGGGGCGGUCUGUCUGAUCGUGAAAAAUGGCGGCAAGAAAAGGCGAGAGAGUCUGUUCUUGAAAACUUUGGCCACCGUUUUUCCGACUCAACUGACCGCCCUUGGGUCUUUGAGGGUGGGGCUUCCUUAUUCAUUGGGCACUUGGCUUUGCAGAACUUACUCAAAAGCUUUAGAUAAUGCAAAAAUUGUCCAGUAAUUUACAGGGCGGUGAAUCAAAAGUUUUCCAGUUUGCCGUGUGUUAAAUAAAACUUAAGGGUGCGUUUCGAUUGAGAAAUCUGGAAAUCCGGCAGAUUUAAAAUUUUGCAAUCAAACGCAAAAUCCGGAAACGGAUUUCAGCUUCGAGAAAUCCGUCCUCGAGGUGGAUUUCAAAAAAGAAAUCCAAAUACCUAUUAUGUUUACGCUUGCGAGACCGCUGUUCUUGAGAAGAGUUUUCAAAUCUCUUUUCGGAUUUCCCCCACCCACACCCCCCUCUCCCCCUUCAAAAAAGGGAUCAAUUUAGGUUUCUGGGAAACUGCCCACCUACCCCUCCCCUAAGCUAACAUUAACACUUACUUCUCACUUUAGGCAAAAUUAUGGCUUAAAAAACAAACAAAUAAGAAAGAAAGAAAAUUCAAAGACACAUUUCUCAGUGUUGAAAUCCGUUUUCCUUUUUCGCGUUUUAUUGCAAAUCUGAAUAUCUAAAUUUCGGAUGUUUCAAAACUUGAUCCAGAUUUCCCAAUCGAAAGGGCCCCAAAUUACCGUCAUCGUCUUAUUGUUUACAAAAUGUCUUGCAGAAUAUAAUUUUGUCUCGUGUACAAAAAGCUACACUUAUUGUUUUGUAUCAUAAUUUUUGGGUGUUAAUUUUACUUUGGUCUUAAGUGCCAUUAAUUUAUGCAGGCCAAAUAGAGUUAACAGUUAAUUUACAAGUGCAGGUGAAAUGAUUAACAGUGACACUUGUAGACUUUAUACUGUAAAUUAUUUAUCAGCUCAAACAUUUUGCAUAUUAUCAAUUAGUUUUAGAAGCAAUAUGUAUUCCGAAAUAGCACCAUCAUGUUUUUUUCUCCUAGGAAAAUAGAAAUUUGCCUUGGUUUUUGUUCCUGUUGACAUUAAUUGUAAUUCAUUCCGAUGUGUUUUGCUGGUAGUUUCAAAAUUUAUGAAUUUCUUGAAAGCUUUUAACUUUCUGAACUCACAGUUACAAACAAGGGACUACUUCUUUCAACCAUCAAAUGCGGCGUAAGUACGAAGUCCAAACUUGAAAGAUUUCAUGAUCUUUUUCCAUCGAAUGUAUUCAAUAUCAGGUUUAUAAUUUGCUUAUCCUUUGUGAAAUGUAUUCCAACUGGCCACGCUUCUAACCCACCAAAUUUUAGUUAUGAUGUUGUGUCUUUUCCACUUAACAACUUGCAUUUACAUAUACAAGGUCCAUUGUGUGUACUAAAGUUUGCGUUUAGAGCUUGUAAACAAGUAGGUAAAUUGCUGCAUUGGCGAACAAAACAUGAGUAUAGUUUUAGAGUUCCUUGAUAGUUCUAAACCUUAAAGAAUUUCUCCGCUGAAUAAAUACUUCAAUGGUGUUGAAACACUCCAAACGUCUAUAAAAUAAUUUUUAUAAUACUUUGAAAAGUUUUGACAGUGUAAGAUACGAAAUAACUAAUAACUACUUUUUCAUUGUCGGAUUUUCUCAAGUGAAAUAUCCAUAAUUACUGUCUAGUAUCAAAGUUUAUAAAGUUGAAUCUCUGUAUAGACGGUCUCUUCAGUGCCUAAAAUUUAAGCUCUAGAAUUAAAUUCUAGCUUUUUGUGGAGUGAGAAGUACGCUAUUAUACUGAGAAAUAUAUAAAUGUUACUUCUGAUGGAUGAUAAAUUAUAAUAAUUAGGAAACGCAUGAACCACAUUCAUGUGACCUCUUGUCUUACGUGACCCACGACCAAUUUCACUGUAUUAUUCUUCGGAAUUGAUACAUGUGCGUGGUGAUUUUCAAGUGCAGUCUGUGGGUCGUCGUACUCACUGUAUAGGGUGCUUGUGCAACCAUGACCAAUGAAUUUGCCUAUACUUCUCACAGGCAUCGAAGAAAGACGUCUCAACUAUCUUUAGUUAACACUGAGCUGCUUUGUAAAAAGGCUAUGCUUUAAUAUUUAUAACUUAGCAAUAUGACUCUACUUUAAUUGUAACUUUUAAUUUCCUUUUUUUUUUUCGUUCUUAGUUGGGUAUCAUUCAACUGUUUUUUUUCCGAUAAUUUAUGAUUGUAGCUUUUGAUUUGUAUUUUUCUCAUAUGAAUAAACAUUGUUAUUAUUAAUUAUUAUUAAAUUAUUAUUAUAAGUUCAAUCAAACUUUGUCAUAAGUGAGUGAGUCUUGCUGGAGCUAGAUUAGGGGAAAACCUAUUCAAGCUCGAAAAUACGAGGGAAAAUUCCUCGUUAUUUGUCUGUGCCCUUCAAAGGAGAAUUGUAUCGGAUGAGAUGUUGUUUUGUACAUGGAAGCUGUUUGACAUUGUCUUUGUUUCAUUUCAGCCGCCCCUGCAAAGCUACGGGUGCUUAAAAAUGGUGAAUCAGACGAGAGCAGAGCGGUUACCGUUGUGGGACCUGACUUGACUAAUGUGAGUAGCAAUUGCCUGUUGGUUACGUUGAAAUUGCGCGUGAGACUGGUUCGGUGUUGUGUUGAAUUGAACUAUAGGACUGUUUUGAGGACUCCACCGCUUCUUUUAUUGGCUAUUACAGUCAAGCCAGGUCAAGCGUACCCCCCAAAAUUCCGCAUUAAUGAAUCUGUUAUGUGAAAAAUGAAUCCCUAAGUCGUUGCCGCAACCAGUAUUAAAUUCAAAUUUACAUUCCUGCAUGAGUGAUUAGCAGUGACUUUUACGAUAACUUUUUUGUAUUCGGCGACGCUACCACUGGUUUCCCCACCAAAUGACGUCUGAGAAACGAGCGCAGAAAUUCCAUACUGAUGACGCGUUACUAACCAGAUCUGGGUAGUGCUUCUGAUUGGUUGAAAUAAAUUUCCCACGCGGCACAACCAAUCAGAAGCACUACUCAGAUCUGGGUAGUGCUUCUGAUUGGUUGAAAUAAAUUUCCCACGCGGCACGACCAAUCAGAAGCACUACUCAGAUCUGGGUAGUGACGCGCCAUCAGUAUGGAGUUUCUGCGCUCGUUUCUCAGACGUCAUUUGGCGGGGAAACCAGUGGUAGUCUCAGGUUAGUAUCUGUGUGGAAGGCUCCUUUUGCUAAAUUGCUUAUCUGUUUUUUUUUUCUUUUUAAGAUGCUUCAUGAUGUCAGUGGAUAUAAACGUCCUUCUACAAAACACAAAAGGUAACUACAGUCGACUCUGUCGUAAGUGACCAUCCUUGGUGCAUGACAAAGGGGUCGCUUACGGGAGGUGGUCGCUUAAAAGCAGUGGUCGCUAUGAGACAGUUGACUGUAUCCCUUUUUCUCUGCCGUUGACUAUGAUUGAAGCUGGAGUUGAAUCUGACUUGGCAGAGUUGGAUGUAUCUGUCUGAUAUAUAUCUAGCCAUAUUUUGAAAAGCAACCUGACGAAAUUUGCAGUCAUUUGAGUGAAAAAGGGUCAAAAGGCAACGUUUUUUUUGUGCCCGAGGAGCUCGAAAAUCACACCAACGAGGGAAAAUGAAAGGAGAAAAAGAAAGAGCGAGGAGGAAGAAAGGAGGAGAAGAGAAAAAAGCAAUGGUUGCACUCUUACUUUUUAUUAUGGCUACUCUGGAGAUAGUUUUUGACCCAAAAAAACUGUUGGACGCAAGAGAUCCAUUUUACAGUAACGUUUCGUUUAUUUACUUUUCCCAGUGCAAUACUUGUUUUUUUUUUUUAACCAUUUUUUUUUUGGGGCAGGAGAUCUACUGUUGAGAAACAUGUUGAACAGGCCGGCGAGGAUGAAGCCGGUUCCUGUCAUCCCCUUGACCUUAAAAAACUGGAGCUUGACCUGGUAAGUGUGCAGGAAAUAACAAAAUAACUAUGUGUACCUCUUAUAGCAAACAGUCAGUUUUUCUUACAAAAAAGGUCCCGGAAAGGUCAGUGCAACCAUUUGUGUCUUAGGCCAAGGCCAGACGUCGAACUUUUCAUGAGACGAACCAAACUCUAAUUUGGAUUGACCUAAAGUAAGUUAAGAUCGUCUGUUGGGUCAGACGUCGAAGUUAGGACGCGUCGAACCAACCACUUGAAUCAAAUCAGUAAUAAAUUUUCUCCCCAAAGAGGCUAAAUAUACAUUAUCAUACAAAUUUUUAAUUUAUUAGUUUAGUUCAUCGCAUAUGAAGAUCGACGUUUUUCCGCAGACGAUCUUCAGACGUUCUAUCCGUCUAAAAACGGAUGAAUUUUAAAUAUUCAUUUAUUCGUUCGAACUUUUCAAGAACUAAACUCACUGAGUUUUUUCUGUGAAAAGUUCGUCCUCUAAACUUUUUGAGUAUAUUGCAAAUGGUCAUGAAUGUAUCGAGCAGGUUCAAAAUCCUCGGGUUUCCUUAAUGACGUCACGCAAUUUCCCCUCCAAAUCCCUCUCGCUUUCUUCUUGUGGGGAGGGCCACAACAUAAAACUAUGUGGCAGACUAACUUAUCUUUUGAUAAAACACAUGUAGAAAAUCCGUGAUUUUAAAUAUUCUUUACUUGUCAUUGCUAAGAAUCCAGAAAUAGCAGGGCUAUGCAAAGUGAAAAUCGUGUCCCGGGUUUCUAAUGUCCACUGCCCAUAUGCCACAACAUCAAAUAUUUGACUUUCCAAAAUAGCAGGGGUACAAGGAAAUCCUGUUUCUACUGCCACUGUAUAUGAUGAUAUUUGAUGAGAUAAGCCCCGGGACCGAUGCAUCUUUUUGUAAAGUGUAUAUUGGGACUACGGUGUGCUUGAUUACAACAAUUGUUCAGUUUUAACAAAAGAAAAAUACUAAUAUCGACGUUUCGUUUUUGUGGAUUUUUUUAUAACGAUUUAGCCAAAAUAAAGGUACAGUUUGUUGAAAGGAAAACUUAAUCAGUGCCCCCUCGAUUAAGCGCCCUCUUUCCAAAAAGUGUCCAUCCUAAUUAUCCUUUUAGCCUUUUACGCGCCCGGGCCCCUUUUCAAGGAAAUACCGUACAGUCGAAGCUAUCCUGGCGACCACUCUCGUAAACGACCAGCUUAAGUGAAGACCCUUUUUCGAAUCCCCGAGGUGGUCAGGUCUUUAACGAGAGCUUCGACUGUAUUUGUUUUCAAUCUGUUUUUCCGUCGUCAAUUUAUGAUGCAAUUGGUAAAAUUUCCUUCAGUUUCUGGACAGAUGCACCGACGCUGUGGGCUUGCCAUUCGCCGCAAGACGACUGUACACCAAGAAUGGAAAAGAAGUGCGCAGACUUUCUGAUCUUCAGAGGGAUGAACUUGUGUAUGUUACAUGCGGGGAGCCCUGGAGUGAUCCACAGCUGUCCUACUCUGAACAGCAGAGACGAACAGUGCUGGCAAACUUAGCAUCUGAUAUCUCUCACAUCAGACAGUAUUGUUCUUUGAGAGAUCCAGCAGGUACUGUUAUGUAAUACAAUAGAAUCGGGCGGCCUCUCCAGAACAGCCUUUUUCUUUGUCCCGGCGGACAGUCCAUACAUUCACUGUUGUUUUAACCUCUCUUCUAUGUCUACUUAAGUUUGGAUCAUUGGCUCAGUAUUUAUUGUGAAAAUUAAAAAACCUUUCAGUAUAUUAAACAAAUCAUAGCCGAUAUAAGAACACACUCGCCUAAAAUUUCGAAACAUCUCGUGGUAUUUAUUGAUCUCCAUACGUUUCCUUAUCUCCGUACGUUUUCAUUAGCAUAAUUGAGAAGAAUUUGAUAAAGGAUCAAAGCAUUUUCCCUGUGGUGAUCAUUUUAUCAAUUCUCAUAACCUUUUCUCUUGAUUUUGUAUCGAAAUUGUUAGGAGAAAAUGGAUGUUUGUCACUCCUGGGACUUUAAGGGUUAAUGCUAUUCACUCUUCGCAUUCUCUGUUUUUGCUAGACUUAGUUCUUCAAGUUGAUGGAGCCGCUACUACUGGGUCACCGUUAUGUGUUGCUAAAUGUGCUCUGAGCUCUGAGGAGCGAGAAAAGCUGGCAACUGGUCGUAGCGAUGAGGAGUCACCAGGCAUGCGACGAGAGGAGAGGUAUUACCGCAAAUCAUCUAUUAAGCUCUCGGGAGGGCUUACUUAUUUCAGGUCCAUUUCAGGGGGAGGCUUAAUAGAGACGGGGGGCUUAUUUGAGAGGGGGAAUUUAUUUUUAUUUGAGAGGGGGACAGUCUUUAAUUUAGAAAAGACGUCAAUUAAUCAGUGAAACUCUAAAGCUACUGAUGGUAUCAGUUCCUUAUAAAGAACUAGAAAAUAUUUAAAGAAGGAAAAUCUAUCAGUUCCCUAUAAAGACUAGUUGGGAGGUCAAGACGGCGGAGGAUCACAAUCUAAUCCGAACUUCCAGUUGGUAAAUCAGUCCACACGAAGUUUUACAGUCGUGAUUGAUAAAUACAGUCUAUCAUUUAUUAUUGAAGAAUAAUCAAGGGGAGGGGAGGGGGGCUUAAUAGAGAGGUAGGGGUUAUUAACUUUCUUCCCCUGAAAAGAUGGGGGAUGGGGAUGGAGAUUUACGGUAAUUAAAUUUAGAGUCACGUUUACGCUUAACGGUUAUGGUAAUGUGGCGGAUUAGAAGACAACAGUACAUGUCCUCUACCUUACGUUAUUCAUGAACAGUAAGCCACUGGAUGAUGGUAUUGGUCCAUUAAUGAGCUUUGUACCUAGCAAUUAUUGAAGGAGGCUGAGUAUCACUUGAAGAAUAUUUUAUAAAGGAGAUUGAGAAGGGUGUUAUCCGCCGAAGCCGAUCAGGUCGAGGCGAAUAACACACUCCGAGAUCAGUAAACGUGAUCAGAUUGUAAACAUCAUCAUCAUCAUCAUCAUCAUCAUCAUCAUCAUCAUCAUCAUCAUUAUCUUCAUCGUCGUCAUCAUCAUCAUCAUCAUCCAUCACCACCACCAUUACCACCAUCACCACCACCAUCGUCAUCAUCAUCAUCUCAAACACCCUCGCUAUCGUUAUCAUCGUCAUUGUCAUCAUAUGUGUACAUUUUUCAAAUCUUUUGUAUAUGUUCUUUUAGCCAAGAGGAUAUUUACAGUCAUGCUCUAAGCGCUCACGAGCGUUCUCAUAUCCGUGCUGAGCAGCGUCUUAAGACGUUGCAGUGGCCGUGGGAAAAUGAAAAGACACUCAAGGACGACCCGUCUGUGGAUGACAAAGAAGAUAAUGAUUUCCUUGAUGAGGUGAUGUUCUCUGAUCGACAACUGCAGCGGAAAUUUAGGUACUGAAUUUAAAGUCUCCCAGCUGGAUUAAUUGACGGGUCGCACAUAAGCACUUAAGAAUGUCAUCCACAGCCAUCAAAGUCAAAACCAUCCACAGCAAAACAGACAGUACCAUAGGAAAUGUACUACUCGGUGGCUUUCAUAUGUGUGUUCACACUUUAGGACUUCAUCCAGAUACGCAGACGUUACAACAACCUUGUACAGCUUAAUAAACAGUAUCACAGGAAAGUAUUGCUCAGUAGCUUUCAAUUGAAUGGUCGCACUGUAGGACUUCAUCCAGAUACGCAAAAGUUAGAACCACCUUGCACUGCUUAAUAAACAGUACAACAGGAAAGUACUUGGCAGUACCUUUCAUUUUUAAUUCACCCACAGACUCAGAAAAUAGAGCCACCUUGCACAGCUUAAUAAACAGCACCACAGGAAAGUACUGGUCAGUGGCUUUCACCUUGAGUGGUCACACUUGAGGAUUCCGUUCACAGAUUUAGAACCACCUUGCACAACAUCGCAAACAGCUCUACAGGAAAGUACUGCUCAGUAUCUUUCGUUUGAUGGCGUCACACUUAAAUUCCGUUCACAGACUCAAGGCUUAGAACCACCAACAGCUUAAUAUACAGCAUUACCACAGGAAAGUGCUAUAAUAUUAAAUAGGAAAUAGAGCCUCAUUUUAGAUUACGUUCUGGCAAAUAUUGACAGAAUUGAGACCAUUUUAGAGUCUUUACUGCAGCCAUGACUGUGAUUAUUUGUUAAAGGCCCCUGUGUGCUUGCUCUUCUUAUUAGACGGCAGGUUCUAAAGACUCAAGAUGCAAAGCCAGCUGAUCCGUGCCAGAGACAAAGAUGGUCAUUAAAUAACGAUGGUUUUAUCUGCCUUAAGGGAACACCGUUGGUAUUAGGACUUGCUGAAUCCUCUAAUGAGGUAAAGGACCUCAACAUUCUCAGUGUCUUUUUAUACAGACGAAUCUCCUACGCAGCUGUCUUUGUCUCGUCUGCGUGGGAGAUUGUAUACAUAAGCGCGGGUUGGCGGGUACUUCCUUAUAUUGUCUAUACAAAGACUGUCGCUGGAGACAGUGUAUGAUUUUAUGGGGUCUCCUUCCUGAACAGGGAAUAUAAAUCUACGGUUCCAGUAUUCAGGUUCUUGAUUUUUUUUUUUUUUUGUAAUUGCAUAUUUGUCUUAAAGUUGAAUUUCUUUUGUUAUGGACCCAUUUGACGUGAAGGUACUGAUAAAAUGCCACGAAAUCGCUUCGUAGCACACAUUGAAUUAUAAUCUUUCGUCCAAAGAACGACAACCAAAUGUGGUAGUGACUUUGUACACUCUAUCUCCCAUAGCUUCUGUUUGAUACGUUUAGGUAGAAUUGUUCUCCAUGCUUUUCCGAUGUGCCUUAUGCAUGCAGUAAUUACUACGAUGGCUGUUGUUUUUACAGGGAAAAUCUGAAGUUAUUCUUUGUAAGAAAAAGCUUGAGGAUUUUACGCAGAGAUGGGUUGUGGCGGAAGAUGGGUGAGAUUCACACUCAAGUAUUUGUUUUCUUUCAUUUAUUUAUUGAGAUGAUUCAUACUCCAAACCUUUUGUGAGGAACCAGGGUCCUUGUACUGCCUUUAACGUAAUCUACGUUAAAAGAUGGCUUAUUGGCCAUAUUGUCCAUUUUGACGUUUGGCAAGAGACUGGUUCAGUGUUGUGUCGGGACGAAGUUUGACCCAGUUCCCUGCGCAACCUUGAAAUAGCCAAUAAAGUAAGGCCUAGCGUCUCUAAACAGUCCCAUAGUGCCAUUCGAUACAUCACCGACCUGAUCUAAUACGCAACCUCAAAAUACAACAAACAAAAAUAUCAAUAAUUGAUUUCAGAGAAACAGCACUUUUUGUGCAAAUCUUCUAAUUGCAACGCUAGUCUAGUUGGGCUAGGGUUAACGGUUAGAGUUUUCCAUUAACAUACUAUAACUAUUGAGAUAGACAAAUUAAAAUUACUUUACAUUGCAUUGGCAAAUCAUGCACUUCGCAAAAUGGCCAAUUAAGUAUAUCUGACUUCUUUACCAACCAUUCUCGGUUUUUCCGUGAACAUUAGUGAGUUUACUCAACAGGACGGCAGAAAGAAGAGGACGGCAAAACGCUUGUGUGUGACAAAGGUAACAGGGCUACGGCGUCUUUUGUCGUGAUCUUCACUAAACCUUAAAGUAUUCUGGUCUGCUACAGAAAGUUCUUUUUAAGGUAGGGUGAAGUUUGGCGGAAAGUUUUUUUCAAGCAAAGUUAUUGUCAUGCUUGUCACACAAGGUUUGUCGUCUUCUUUGCCAAGACAAGACAAGACAUUUAUCAUGAUAGUAUUGCUUACAAUUUCUUGGCACGCAGUUAGCAAAAACGCUAGUCGUGGCGUGCCAACAAAUUAAUUCUAUUACAACCAGAUAUCACGUGAUAAUAAGUAAAAAGCAAAGAGAAAAGAAAAGAAUAUUUGAAAAUAACAUCCUUUUCUGUCACUUUGCUUUUAGGGUUUUAGGUAAUAGAAUUUAACAGAGGUUCAAACUAAACUAGAGCACAAAAGAGCGCGACCUCGCUCAAAGGCCAUGCGCUGACUGGCCACUCCCAUCUGACAUGCCACUCUAGUCGUGUUGCGUAAGUUCACUGUUACUGAGGCAUGGAUGAAGUCCUGUGUCAUAUAAGUUACCGGCCUGCGGCGAUGUAAACGGCAUUACGUAUAACAAAAGACCAAAUAUGAUCGUGGCUUUAAUCUUUUAUCUUUGAUCACAGUUCGUAACCAUACAUAACUGACACAAAUGAACUAAUACUUACAUAUACAAUCGAACAAAAAUACAGAAAUGGUUAACAGGACGGUAGAAGGGGGAAACCAAAUUCCCAUGCUAAGACAUACCCUCCAAAAAAGAAAAAAAGAAAAAAAAUUAAUUAAUUAAUAUAUAAACAUAUAUAUUAAAAGACUAUAAAUUAGACUAUAAAUUAUAAACCUAGAUGCCUAAUAAUAAUGCAUAAACUUAUAUUAAAGACACUAUGCCUAGUAUUUUAAGGUAAAUUAUGAACGAAGGUACUUAAUCAGUGAAACUUUAAAAGACUGAAGGCUAGCAGAUGACAUUACUUCAGAAGGCAAGUAACUAACCGCCAUGUUUUACGCUUUACUGCAGCUUUAUAUAUCAACGUUCCAAUCAGCAGCUUGUUUUAACAGUUACCACCCCUCCCCUGGGGAGCGAUCCGUUCAACCUUGACUACACCCCCGCACAAGGCUUUGAAGGCGCAGCCGUGAUUGUAGCCCAUCGCAAGAGUUGCGCAAAUGGAAAUGCAAAUCAGUUGUGGCGGUUUGAUCCUAUCACUGGCUUUAUUGAGGCCAUAGCUGCAGACACAACGAAUAAAGGUAUACUGUGUACUCUCCUUUCCAUCUUAUUCCUUGUAGACACCUCAUUAUCACGGGUGCCUUUCUCAUACCGACUGUCGGGACGCAUAGCAGUUAACUCCCUAACAUGUCUGGCAGUUUUUCAAUGGGGAGGGAAGGGAGAAAUCAGGCGCGGCGCACCUGGGAGAAAGAGAAGAGGGAACUCCUCCUUCCACGCGUUUGCCACGCAAGUGAUUAGAUCCUCAGGGAAACUCACAGAGGAUUGACCGGGGAAAAAUUCUUGCAGUUACAGAAUCUUGCUAUUUCGGACAGGAGUUGUAUCGUGUAAAUAAAACCUACAACUGACAUUCCGAUUGUCGUCUGUUUGGUUUACAUUGUGCGAUUUUGUCUUAAGAUUAUCGAAGGCUCGUCGUAUUCUUCAAAGUUGUAUCAUGUAAAUAGGUCUUUAUAAUAAAGAUUCAAUUGCUUAUCAUUCGAACUUGGUGUAGAUGUAAUUAUAAUAUUUGUUAACCCCUAAUGGAAAUAUUUUUAAGGAAAUUCUUUUUACACCCCGCUAUUACGGACCCUCGCAGUUAACAACACGAACUGACGGUCCUAAGGUUUUCCACAAUAACGGGGAUUGAAUGUACUAUAAUUCAAGUUAUCUCUCGAUUGUCCUUUGUAAGUAACGGCUUCAGUUCCAGAUUAACCUGUCCUUGGUUGCAUUGUUCGAUGGAUAUUAAUCGAGAUAUAAGGAAUUGUUGUCGUAGCACAAAGUAGAGGAUGAGUUACAAACGGUUGAAGAAGGGCUCACGUUCGCAUGCCCGUCCGCCAUCAUUGGCGUCCACAACGUCCAAUGUAACCGCACCUGUUGUCGCCUUCCAUCCAUAUAAGCUGCCUUAGUACUUAUAUUUUCUGUUUUAUUGAUAAUUUCAGAAAUCAGUGCUGCCAACAAAGCUAACGUGUGUACGUUUGCUGUUCUUGGACCUCAACAAGUUCCUCAACCAGUACGUAACUGCUAAUAAAUAGUUGCAUCGACAUUAGGGAGCUUAUUAUAUGAACAAAUCUACAAGCCAUUGAUAAGUAAACAUAAUAGUCCGACUGAUUGUCUGACUUGCUGAUUUAUUGCUAUAGAUUCAUCGGCUUUUCCUGUUGCCCAGAAGUAAGGAAAGGCUGAUUGUUGUCUUCGCUAGUGUAUUUUGAAAUUAACUGUCUUGUUUAGCCUGUCAAAAUGACGUUUUUGUCAUAACCACAGUGGGCGUAAAAGGACAAGACGUUCAUUUGCCGCCAUUCUGCUCAGUUUUUUUGGUAUUAAUGAGGCGCCCGAGUUAUUCAAAAGCCGGAUUCAGGAUAGCUCUAUCCAUCGCCGGUUAAAUCUCUGUCCAGUGAGUAAGUAUUAGGGGAACCGAUUACACUAUACACUGGUUAGAGAUUUAUUCGGUGGAUAGUGUUACCCAUCUUUUGAACAUCUGGCCCCAGUUGUUCGGAAAGUGGAUAACGUUAUCCACAAUCGAGUUUGCAGGUAAGCUCCUUCGGAUAAGAAGAUCAAGAAAGCGGCGCGAUAGAUGCUGGCCACCGAUUGGGCACAAAUACCGUGCGAGCAGAGGUUUCUCUUUUGCAUGGCUUUUACUCACGGGGCGUAAACAAACCAACUAUGCGACACACACGCCACGCGAAUAACUUCGUAAAUGCUAAAAGCCAUGCGAGAGAGAAACCUCUGCUCGCAGCGUAGGGCACAAAAAAUCACUGACAAGCAUUCGAAUGAGUCGUGGAACUGGUUUGUUAAGAGUAGCACCCCAGAGGCUCUCUCACCCGUCCUUGAAAACUUCCGGCACCGUUAUUCCUGACCUAACUGACCGCCCCUGGGUCUCCGAGGAUGUGGUGGUCCAGUUCGGAGACGGAAUAUUUUCUCUUCCCUCGUGUGCACCCGUUGUGAGUCGUUGCCACUUUGAAGGCAUUUUUAGGCAUUCCUUUCUGCCAAUUAUUGUUCAAAAAGUAUAAUUUUAGCGGGUAAAAGCGCUUAUAACCCUCAAGUGAUCAGUGGCAAAUGAAUGUACUUUAACUUCUUCUUUAGGGCUACGUAUACAUGGCGGGAACAACUAAGGAGACGUACCUUUGUGAAGCUUGUGGGAAAUCUUCUAGAGGACGCCACAAACUGCAGCGUCUCCAUCGAUACCAUUCUGGCUUUGCUUGUGCACUAGGAACAGGUAACUACUUUACAGCUAUAGCGUGUUACAGAGAUCAGUUUAAAAAUCAGUGAUAAUCAGAUAUCAAGAUAUCAAGCCAGUAUGAGGGAAUGUAGGAAAGCAGAUCGGCACCACAAUACAUUUUACCAAGACAUGCCCACUUCUCGUAAAAACGUAAUGGCGUCGUUACGUUGCCGUGGCGACUCCGAUUGCAAUAAAACCCAGAUCAUAAGAAAUUUUCAUCUUUAUAUAAUACAGUUGUGGUAACCUUUUCCUCAUACCUUUACUCAUGCCGACGUAGUUAAAGCUCAAACUUGGGUGGUAUCCCCCCAAAAAAUCCAGUCGAGCCUCCUUAAGCCGUAAGAGCGAUCAGCAGCAAAUUUCGUUUCCCCUUGUAAAAUCAAUGCUUUACAAAAAACACAUUGUUAAUGAGAAGAAAGGACAUGAGCACACGAGAUGAAUCUAACUGAUACUUCAACAAAUUCUCCCCACUACUUCUACAGGAAACGAAUAGGGACAGCAAAUGAGAAUCGGAAUUUUUAUGUUUGGGUUUAAAGGGUUAAAAGCGAGUCUCAAUCAUCUUGCCCCAGUUGUUGAAAGGAAGGACAACACUAUCCAACGUUUUUGAACAACUGGGGCCUGGACAAAACCAAUGACAGAAUUAGAAAGAACGAUUCUGCCUCUCAAAACCGAAUGGAGAAAGCUUCUCACGAGGGAAAUGUCUUUUAUCUUGAACAAUAUCAAAUCAUGGUUUAUCAGUGGUCUUUGUUUUUCACAAGAUGUAUUUUAAUGAGGUUCCACGAGAGUAUCGAAGUAAUAUAAAGCGAUUUUCGUUAUCAGACAAUGGGUGAAAAGAUCAAAACAUGGCCUCUACGUUUUCCCGCCAAAGAAAACCCUUAUAUGGAGAUGGCAUUGUUCGAUUGACCAAUCGUGUUGCAGUAUGACGUCAUUGUUUCUGUUUUGCUCGCGCGUUUUCAUUUCAAGGUCAUGCGAAAAUCGCUCCAUCAAGCAUGAGACGCCGUGUUUCAUCAUCAGAUGAAACACCGAGAAGAGAGUUGAAAAUACGACUCGCGCAUCGGAGUAUUUUUGACGAUUUUCGAGGUGUCUCAUCUGGUGUUGAAUCAGUGUCGAAUGCUUGAUAUUACUUCUCAGACAAAAUCAGGAUUUUAGCGGGAGAAAUUAAGGAUGUAAAAAUGAGCAGUUUUUAAUCUGAUUUCCAAACACUCAUUUAAUAAAAUUUCCUUUGUAUUUUCUUUAUAAAUUAUUAAUGAGUUUGAGGGUACGUCAACAGCAAUCAGCAGUAGUCCAUCUCCCUUUAAUAAAACAUCACAAAAAGUGUUGGUUUUGAUCUGGAUUUAACUGUUUUUCAGCUCAAGAACAAGGUCUUCGGCUCAGCAGUUCUUUCAAGUGCUUGAACAGCAAGGUGUGUAAGAAGUUACUGUUCUUGUGACUGUUCUUUCGGGACACUCUUGUCAGGAUGUUUCGCCAAGAUAACAGGAAAGAAGAGAGAGCGAAGUUGAUCAGUUUUCUGGCGGAAUUACCCUAGAUAUUGUUAGAUGCCACUUCUCUCCCAUCCUGUGGUGAAGAUGAAAAAUUAAGCCCGCAUCAAGCGUCUUGUUACAGUCGUGCAUAACUUAAUUCGUAAAUAAUUAUUUAAUUAAUUAUAUGGCCAAAAGAACGUUUUUUUGUUGCGGAACCAAAGCGAAAAUCUAGAGCGGGCAAGAUAGGGCCAUUUUGCACGCCCGCUAUGUUAGCCAAUCACCCAAUCAGAACACAGGAUUCACUUCGUCUUGCCCGCAUGUGGACCUAGCCAUUUAUUAAGUGUUCUCUGCACCUCGGACUAACAAAUCAUAGCGUGUAAACCGGUCUUUAUAUUCGCCAACAGGUUGAUUUGUCCACCUUAGAGGCUGAAGCCACACUGGACCUGUGGGAACACCAGCUCGGUAGGCUCAGAAAUGAAGGCAGUGUACGGACUAUCACUCGUGAACUACAUAUGGCUCAGAGCGUACCUGCUGUCAGAAUAAAGGCCUUCAAGAAUGGAGAGGGAAGCAGGAGUGAGGGCGAGAUACUCAUUGGCUCUAGUAUUCACUCGGUGUGUAUACAUAUGAUGUGAUAAAUUAGGCUUUUUGUACCUUUGCCAAAAGCGCCUAAACCCUGAAUUGGGGUGAACUGACAAUGCCAAAAGAAACAGGGCAAAAUUGUACGCAUAAACCAAUUAGUCCGCUAUUGGACUUACUUUUUAAGACCGAAGUGAAAUCACUUUGUGUUUAACACGGACAAGCCUUUCUUAGCAGUGACUUCUUUUAAAAAAAUGGGCAGCUCGAGUUUUUAAUGAAGUUAAAUUUAUUUAACACAGAUAACAAAGAGGAGCGAGGGCGUGGUCAGCGGUCUUUCGUUUAGCUCAAGCGCAGUCAGCCUUGCUUGCAUCACCUCCAUGUGCUCAUUACAACGUUUUACUGGUGGCCACUCUCUUCGUUUAGUCUUUGGAUCAUUCUGUAACCCCCAUCCCUCCCCCAUUUAUUUCUCCACUGAUAAAUCAGUGUGACAGGUGCCUGGUUCCAUUGGCGUGGGGGCUCAUGGCUGGAGGGCGCGGGUUUGCUAGCCAUGGGAGCGUAACUCUGCCUAGGGGCUGGCUGUGCCAAAGGUGGAAGCCCCUGGACAUCCCGGGCACCCACCUCCACUAAGCGACGCAGUUGUUAAACUCUCUAUAUGGCGGACAACCUCUGACUCUCUUAAACGGUCUCCUAGAGUUGUUCCUUCAGUUGCCGUUCUUCAGUCAGUUUCUUUGAAACUCCAUCAGGCGAACACCUCUUUCAAAAAGACACCUAAAGUUGAUCCCUGCUGUUCUUCAGUCAUUUUCUGUGACAAUCUAUAAGGCGAACACCUCUCUCAAACGGACACCUGGAGUUGUUCUUUGCCUUUCUUCAGUCAUUUCCUUUGACUCUCCAUAAGGCGGACAUCUUCUAAAACGAACACCUACAGUUGAUCCCUGCUGUAUUUGUAAGACAUUUUUUUCGCUCUCUAUAAGACAGACUCUUCCCUCAAGCCGUUACCCAGGCACUAUACUGCUCUAGCAUCAAGUGUGAACACCCCCGUUAACUGUGCUUUCUCUUUUUGGUUGUUUUAGCUUCUGGACCAGUGCACUGUAAAACUCGGAUUACCAUCGGCAGCUCGCCGUCUGUACACUUGUUGCGGAGAACUUAUAACUGAUAUUCAACAACUUAUCAGACCCUAUACGUACAACACAGUACAAUAUAUGGACAGCGGAGCACCACAAACAGACGCAGAGAGCUGUGGCAAGGUUUGAUUUACUAACAAGUUUGUUUUCAUACUUUGUUAUCGUUUCCCGCCGAUGACAAUAAUGUCACGCUAACAACCCCUUGCCACAACCAUUUUUUAAGGGGCUGGUAAGUGUUACUUUAGUCCAUCCAUUUUUCCGUUUCUUUUGAGCUUUUGAUUUCUUAUCGGCAACAAGACACCGAAGGGCGUUCAUUCGGCUGCCAUAAGACCUUGACCAGACAGGAAUAUUGUACUGUAUGAAAACGAGAAGUUUACCAGAGCAGACAGCCAACAGCUCUGUUCAGGCCUGAGCUGUGUUAUAAAAGAAAAACAACCCCACUAAAUCCAUCCCGAUCCACGGGCUAUAAAUAGAUGAUAAUCUAACUUAUGUUCUUCACGAAAACGCAUUUUUUUACAAGAUAAAAAUAAUACGUUUAAUACAAGAUGAUUUUUUUCCCUUUCGUUUCUUGUAUAUUUUUCUUGAACUUUGCAUUUUAAAGAUCAUCCACUAUGGAUUUCAUCGACACAUGCUUAAAACAGGGAAAUAGAUCAAAAGAUCGAUAGCAGGGUUUUUUACCGUAAAUAAAUGUGAGUCGACGAUUCGCUCGAGUCUGCUAUUUGACUCACUAGUGACCAACGUAUUUUCAUGGAAGAAAAUUAUCCUGUUCUUGACACCUCGACUUUUUUCAAGUUUUAUCGCGAGUUGUGUAAAGGUUUGAUUUAUAAUUCUCUCCAAUCAUUACUAUGUCUUUUUCUUAGAUCCCCGAAGAAAGAAUCGCCCGCAAGGGCCAUGCAGUAGAUGUUGUUGAAGCUGAAAACAGGGCUUUUUACAAACCCAAGGAAGGAAAGCUAACGGCAGCUGAACAAAGAGAGAAAGAACUGCUAGAAACAGAGGCAUUUGAAAACUUACACAUCAAUGAUAAUGAAGAAGAGGAGGACGAAGACGAGCGGUCAUCCGGGAAUUUAACUUAUCGUGUGAGCGAAGGAAGGACUGGUACCGUGCCUGUUGUCAGCAGCAAAGAACAACAAGGUCUCCCAAGAUGGGACACUCGGUGGCCUGUUGACGUUUGGGUGUCCUGUGGUGAGCCGUUUGUGCCUUUGGAAGGUAUGUUUCGGGAUUUCCCCAGCGUUUGUGCGAAGCUUAUAAACAGCCACCUCGAAAUGCUGAGUACUUGCCCCCAAGUAUCCAACGUCUGUGAAUUUUCGUAACUUGCGGAGCUAUGGCUUCCUCGCUUAAGACGUAUCACUUUCAAACUUAGCAAUUUUACUACCUUUUAGUGGUGUCGACUGAUUUUCCCUAACUGGUCCAUGCCAAAAGUUGACAAACCCUGGAAGGGCCUUUUGACUUUGCGUCAUGCACCGUAGAUAAGGACGGCCAUCUAUUAAUGCCCCAUGGUAUAAUACAUUGAAAUUUUGAACUUCAAGGUUAUUAAAGCCGAAAUUCGUGUCUUCGCAAUCAAACACUUUAAUUUUACCCCCAAGUUUCGAACUUUUGGUUGUUCAAACAGUAUUUGAUUUCCCAGGGGGUUCAAAAAGGGGGGGAAUGCUAUCGCACAAUGCCUAAAUCUUGGUCACGCUUGUCUUGUUCUUUGGCAAGUUUCAGAAAACCCUACGUCUGAUGCAACUGCCAACCUUCGUUCGUCUGGACUGAACAUAGGAUGAAUCCUCUUUUAAGCCCCCCGCCCCUCACUCAAAUAAGCCCCCUCUCUCUAAUAAUCCCGCCCCCCUUCCUUUUCAGGGAAAGAAAGUUAACAAGCUCCUCCUCUCUUUUAAGCUCCCCUCCCAUCCCCCUUUUUACUCUUCACUAAUAUUUCAUAUAUUAUUCACUAACUGAAAGUUGGGAUUUGUUUUGGAUCCUGGACUGCAUGACAUCCAACUACUUGUGUUCUCUACAAUAGUUCUUCAUGGAGAACUGAUACCAUCGUCUUUGCUAAAUUAAAUAAGCCUCCCCGUCUCUAUUGACCCCUCCCCCCUCAAAUAUGUUGGAAAUAAAUAAGCCCGGGGGGGCUUCAUAGAGGGUAAGACGUUAGCUGAUACGUUCGACGUAACAUUCCUGGUUCCUGAUUUCCUUUGUCCCAAUUAGAAUCAUAUUCUUCUCAGAACCUAGAUCCUACUCAGAGCCUCUUUUCAAAUCUCUUAAUUUACUUAACCCCAACGAUAUUAUCAAAUUACCAGUACUUGCCUUUGUUUAUCAGUGGUCACGUAAACUGUUACCUUCUUGUUUCAAUGAGUAUUUUAAAUUUAUUAGUUCUGUUUAUCCCUAUGCAACUCGCCAAUCAUGCUCUGGUAAUCUUUAUGUAGCCUCUGUUAAUAUCACCCAAUAUGACUUGCGGUCCCUAAAAUUUGCUGGUUCUCGCUUUUUGGAAUUCUCAGUCGACAAAUAUAAGUAACUUAAAAUCUCUUAGACUAUUUUGUAAAACUCUAAAAGAACUCUAUGCUUUGUUGUUAUAUUAAUUAAUUAAUUAUCUACCUUAGCGUGAAGAAAUACUGUUUAUUAAAUACUAUAUUCUAUUAUCCUGUGUGUAAUUGUAAUUUUGGGAUCAUUCACUAGAUUAGCUUUUGCUUUUUGCAUGAUUCCAACUCGCUCCUUAUCUAGAGACUACAAUUUCUAUUUAAUUUAUAUGUAAAUGUGUUUAUUUGUCUCUCUCUUUUUUUCGAUUUGUGUCAAAUUAGCCUGCGAAACAGCCGUUUCUCCUUGCUCCUCAACGCAAGGCUAGGAACGUUCCUUCAAGAGACGAAACGUCCCCAGCGGCGAGGAGCAAGGAGAAACGGCUGUAUUCGCAGGCUAGUGUCACAUGUAAACAGAGCUGAGUGAUGUAAAUCUUCUUGUCUGGUUGUACCUUUGUUUUGAUGUUUAGAAGCUGAUAAGCAAUACCUGUUGUCUAUGAAGCACAGAGAAGAAAGAACCUGGGUCCAGGCAUAUCUAGACCAAGAGAAACAUAUACUAAGGCACAUGCAGGGUGAGUAAACAAUGGGCCAUUACCGAGUUCCUUCAAGCGAGUUUAAGUGCGAAGCUAGUGAUCGAUUUUUUAUUCUCGUGCAAAUGAAACUCAUUUUCUCAAGAACAAGAACGUUUCCCACUUAGCCUGGUUUUGAAAGUGAGGCCUUUUGGAUCUCGGAAAUGGUAUUUUAAGUGGGAGUGGAAUGCAAUGGUCUGCUACACAGCCGUUCUUUGUGACGUCACGCAACGCUCCUCCCCAUAAACGUUAGUUUCCCUCGCAGCUGUUUUUUGGGGGAACGUUGUGUGACAUCCAAAAAACGGUUGCUGAGAAACGAACUAAUUUUGUGGGGAGAGCGUUGCAUAACAACAUAAAGAACGGCUGUGUAACAGCCGCUAUGGCACGGCAGCAGCGAACUGGCCGCAGCCUAUUUAUUUUUUUUCUUUGUUUAAUGAAAAUGAAAAGACCUGAAACACGAAAUUAACAACUGUAUAUACCAGUUUCGAAUUAUGAAAAUUCACGCCUAAUUCAGACGCAUAGCGGUAUUUAGCGGCAGUGAGAUUCAGGGAUGAAUUAUUUAUUUCGUUUCGUUUUAUUUCCCUUAGCCUCGGAGCCAAGUAUGACUUUUAUAAUUCAAAAUCGGCCUAUUUCCAGGGAAUCGAUUAAAAUAUGAAUCAGGAUGAGACAUCUGAAGGUUUGGACUAAUGAAAACGCCAAGUUGGAGUAUUUUUUGGGAGCAAGUCUCAACGUAAUGGUUGUCAUGAUAUUUGAAAAUAACGGUAGUAAUUACAAGAAAGGAGUGUUUUCGACGGGGAAAGGGAAUUUGGUAGUAUGUUAGGGCGUGUUCAUUCACGUGAGUGGCGUCGAAACAGAGAAAAGUUUGAUGUGAGACCUAAUUAGGACUGCACCCUUCGGACGCAUUUAAAAUUUAUAAUUUGUUCGCCAGGGCGUCGCAUCAAUGGCAGGAGUCCUCCAUCCUCCCCCAGGGGGCUAGUGUUAACACCAGCAUGGCAUGAGCCCACCCGGGCUGAAGAAAAGAAGGAAGAAGCUAUAAGUGAACUCAAGGUACAACUAACCCAUUUGAUCAAAAUUUAAUUUCCAAGCCUAAGAAUCAUUUUUCUUUUAAAAAGGACCUAUGUGUGACGUAUACUUACGUCAAACGGGCAAAUUUCACAACAAAGUCAUGUUUAGAAAUUUUAAAUUUGCAGCCUUCGACCAAUCUCUUUAGGGAGCUCUAGGGGCGGAGAGCCCAGAAAGCUUGCUCGGAAGCAAGUAAAUUUGUGAAGUUUAGAAUGAUUGAAUGUCCAAGACAGGAUAGUUGAAAAAAAGAAUACCCGUGACAAAGAGUGCAAAAGCGAAGAAUUUUGUUAAUAAACGACGAGGCUUGGUUUUGAAAUACAUAAGGGCUUCCAUCCUGAAAAACGCUGGCCGGUAAAUGACAGACGCACACUGAUGCAAUUAUAAAGUAACUGUUGUAGUAAGUCCAUCUUAAAUCGUUUUGCAUCAAUUUCUAGAACCAUCUUCAGGAAGUGAAGUCACGACAGAAUCAGGGUGAAGCGUUCCUGAGUAAGGCAGCUAAAGAAUCGACGCAACGGCUGUACUCCAAACCCAAAACGGUAUGUUUUCGUUGGUGGUGGUGUUGUUGUUGUUUUGUUUUUGAAAGACGAUGAUCUGUUAAAAGGGAAGUGAAGUACCACCUUUAGGACAAUCGGCAGCUUCUGUUCCCUAAGACAUCUGACGAAAAAUUAUAUCAGUUUGAAAACCCAAUCUCUUCACGCUAAAAGCGGCAAACGUAAAGUAAAUCAGUAGCGGGAAAUUAAGUUGAUUACGUGCUUAUCUCGGUCGUUUCCCAUUAUAAGGUACUUAAUAGAUACAUUUAGCAUCGAGCUUUUCGCUUCAGUUACGGCUGACGUUAAACUGCGGCUUGAUGUCUCACGUUUGCCGUUUGAGGUUUGAUGUUGAUGUUACGUUAAAUGAGCGGGACUUCUGCCUUUAUUUUAGAAAAUCAACAGCAGAAAGAUCUAUGUUCGCUCUUUUGCGUUAAUUUACACUUAAACAUCUACAUCAUCUGCCUGUUUUGCAAUAAAUUUUCACAUGAGAAAGAAGCUUCUCAAAUCGCAGAGGUAAAUGACAUGCUUGAAAACUCGCAUUGAAGACCGCAAAUGAGACUACAGAGCCUCGGGUCAAGUGGUCACCAACCGUUCGCUUUAGGGGUUUCGGCCGAAAAGCUCGGUGCUGAUGUCUCUAUUAUCUCUCACAUGUAAGGUAUUUUUUACUCUGACUUUACCAUAGGUGCGAGUUAAUGCUGUUCCGAAUGGGGAAAGUAAGCAGAGAGCUGUGGUUGUAUUUGGGGCCAGCAUGGAAGAGGUUCGUGAAUGGCGAUUGUAUUUUUUUUUUCUGUCUGUUAAAUCAUACCGGCCUCCCCAAUCAUCGAGAAAUAACAGUUUGAGAAAUUCGCAGGAGCUUAAUGUGCCUGAAAACAUUAUCUAAGAGUGGAGUCGGCAUUUAUAAGCUGUUCUUUGCCCUGCAUCUCUACUUGUUGCUAUUUAUAUUUAACGUUCCGUACCAAGAAAAAAAACAGGAAAAGACCUUUUCAACCUCUUGAUGUCCUUAAAAUUAGUUGUACUCGCAGAAUCAAUUAUAAAGCAUGCAGCAGGUUUACGUUUUGAUUAGCGCACCAAAUCCUUUGGUGUGACCCCUUUAACGUGUUAUAUGGCCCGGUCCGAAGCAUUUUUUUUUUCUCGUCGGCGGUUGAAUGAAGAAAUGCCCGGAUGUCACAGAUUUUCGUCUGUUUGUUUGAUGUUUGCACAUGAUGCUCAUGUAGCAAAGCAGAGUCAGUUAUAUUUAUGUGAAACCUCUUUUGCAGUGCUUUCAAAUGGCACCAUUUUUCCCCCAGUAAUUCAGUUGAAGUUGAUUAGUUUUCUUGGAUCAUGUUUAAGACUAUUUAACGAGAAAUGUAGCUAAAUGUGUUGUGGUAUUGUGCAGUUGUUGGAUGCUUGCACCACUCGCUUGGACCUGAGUAGCGCUGCAAGGAGACUCUUUAGCCUUGAUGGAGAUGAGGUGUGUUUCGUCUUAGUUUUUGUCUUCUUUGGUAGCCUAAUUGAGUAAUACGCAUAAUUACUACACGCGGCCAAAUGACAAACUGCCUUCUCUAAAACGCUCCUUUUCGCGGGCCAAACGGCAAAGUACGGACUGUAAAUGGAAUGGCAGCCCGCAAAAUAAUUUCCUAUUACACAGUCUUUCCUUAUGAAAUAGUUUUAUAUUCUAAUUCGGUACCCCGCUCAAACGAAUAUAAAACAUUUAUCAUGUAACAAGCAACCUCAAUUGGGGUGUGUCAACACGAGCCGUGUGCGAACUAAAAGAACGGGAAAUACGGAAAAUUAAAUACCCAGUGAUAACGAAACCAACAACAAUGAAUGGACAUUAUCCUUAAUGUAACCGUCUUUUGCCUUAUCUGAUUUCCAACGGCCGUGUCUUUUAAACAAUCUGUCAGGCACUCGGGCAUUAGCAGCAGCGGAGGCACCUCCAGCCCUAAGGCUAUGGAGACCGUAGUCUUGCUUGGGAAGGCCGAUGGAAUCGAAAGCGCUUAGCACUAUCUCCCGCGUAUAAGACAAAGGAACGGACCCGCGCAAUUUAUAAGCUCCGGUACCGCGAAGGAAAACAAGAGGGCGAAAAAUGAAUUCUUUGCUGUCAGCUGAAAAAGAAGCGGCCACAUAAUAUCGUUGAACUAAUAAAUAAGGACACGUAUGCUUGAAAGUUUUAGCGAUAACAACCCAAGCCCCAUCCCUGUAAACGUCAGUCUUACUUCAAUGAACAAAGAUUCUCAUAAAAGAAUCCUCAAACUGAAAAUCACACCUACGUAACUGAACCAACUCGUUAAAGCGAAAAAACCCUGCAUAACCUAAAACGCACAAAGUAAGCACUCGUAAAUCAGACAAACUAGCUGAAGACGAUCCAUACUUAGCAAAUAAAAGCUGAAUAGCCUCAGGGGUCACAGGCUCUUUCUUUUUAACAGGGAUACUGAGAAGCCUCUUAGCAGAUUCUACUAUAGAUAAAACUAACGAGGAAUUACAGGGGUCGGGUACACCUGCCAAAUCAUGCACCCACUUGAGCCCAUAAUGGACUUCAUCAAUAGUACUGCAAGAAGCAGAUUCUUGAAUCAAGCUCUGCAAGAUAAGAAAAAACAAUGAAACGUACACACUAGAAGCGGGAAAUAUUACAAUUUCUUUAAACUGAGAAGCCCAUUUUCUCCAUGUAUUGAAGCCCUUUUCGUACUUCCUCGCGGUACUGUCGGCUUUGGAUUUAAGAAAAACUGCAGGGAGAUCUUGAACCAGUUCCCGGCGCGGAGUCGCCUGUCUUCAACCUGUUGAAAAUUAGGCUGCAAGGCAUCUUUGAGAACUUCUACGAGGAUAAGAACAAAAAUAUAUGGCAAAAUUCUUCAAUACACGCACUGGGAGUCAAUACAGCAAUAAAAAAUGGACGCUUGGUAAUGCCGCUGACCGGAUGCAAAACUAUUUAAGGCCAAAUGGGCCAACGCAAAAACGAAGGUAAACAAGCCACUCGGCGAGCUAGUUUCAUGCGAAACGAGAACAAAUGAACUGACAAGCGGAAUAAAAAACACGUGGGCCAACCUUAAGCCACUCGGCUUGAAAAAACUAAGGCCCCUUAGCGCCAAUUCUGACUGCCAGCACCGCGCUGUUAAACCUGUCUGAACCAAUGAGUGAAUCUUUGUAACACCCGAGGGCAAAAAUCCCUGACGGGUAGGGAAAAUGAAUGUACUCAAGGAAGUACGGUUGGAAUUGAAUUGCAUUUGCGAACAAGAAAGGCCCAAACUCAUUAGACGGCCAAUAAGGGACGACUAAAGUACGAACCGCACCGCAUACAAGGAGAUGCUGAACCACCCUAGUAAUGCAGUGGACGGGAGGGACUAGCCAAUUAUUCUCUCCAUUCCUUGAGAUUGAAAAUGCGUCAACAGCUUCAGUGCCGGGUACGCGAAACCUAGAAUUGAAUCUGGGAAGAUGGGCGUUGGCAGCAUUCGCAAACCUGUCGACUGUGUGUGGGCCCCAAAGGCGGUCCAAGUGGGCGAAGAACUCGGGGGUUGUAUACCAGUCAUCGAAGUCUACAAUGUAACUAAUCGCAUCAGCACAAGCAUUAAGUUCCCUGGGAACCCACUGGGGAAUAAGUGUAAUACUGUAAGUUCGACAAAAAUAGAAAAUAUCAAGCUCAAUAGAAUGCAAUUCUGCACUAGGACUCCCUAUCUCCACAAUACGAACGGCCCCUUGGCUGUCAGAAUGCCACUUUACACACUUACCCCGAACCGAGGCUUUGAACGCACCUAAGCCAAAUUGUAUAGCCUUAAGUAAUCUCCAGGUAGAGCUCUUAGCUGCUUCGCAAGCAGUCCACAUACGAUGGGACACCUCAUUAGUGCCCACAACAAAAGCCCCGCAGGCGACGUUGCUAGCGUUCGAAUAGCUAAACAAAAGGGGAGCAUUAUAAGGCAAAAUAGCUCUCAUAUUAAGACUAACGAUAUUGUUUUUCCAGAAAAAUAUUUCAGAGAGGCAAUCAUUAUGAAGCCCGAUAUUAAAAUGGGAAUCCCAACUACGGCGGGAUUCUAUGACCUUGUAAAGAAAACGGGUUUUGAGACGAGUCAGGUUACCCAAAACUGGCGACAUGGACAUAACAUGACCUGCGAUAACGGCACAAUCCCGAGCCGUAACAUAAGGUGCGGAUAGAAGAAAUUUGUCAAUCAGAGCGAUAAAUUUGCAAAUACGUCUAUCAAUAAUAGAAAUGGUACCGAUAACUAAGUCCCAGUUUAAACCCAACCAAACAAGCACCUGAGUGGGGAUUUAUAUAGUGAUUUGGCGGGGGUUGGCAACAAACCCCGCACUGCUUAAGGAUGAUUGCACAAACAAUGAAUUUUCCUUGGCCAUAGGCAGUGAAUCCUCUUUUCCGCACCCAUCGUCGAGGAACACAACUAUUUUAAUCCCGUUAGACCUCCAAAACUUAACGAGUGGUCUGAGACACUUGGUGAAGACGUAUGGGGCUGAGCUUAGACCGAACGGAAGUGAUGCAAAACAAAAAUACCGAACGGUACCAGAAAAAACCCAGGAGAAACCCAGAAAAGUUUGGUGAUCCGGAAAAAUAUCGAUAUGGUGAUAUCCAGACUUGAGAUUGAAACUGAAAAGGUAAUCGCCCUUAUCAACAUAUGAUAAUGAAACUCUCCAAUCUUCACACCUAAACUUCUGUUUCCAAAUGAAAUGGUUGACAUGACGUAAGUCCAGAAUAAGCCUCUUCUUGCCUGAAGACUGUAUCGAGACAGAGAGCGGAUUAACGACAUGUGGAAUAAAGGACACCUCAACGACGGCAUGAGUGUGGACUAAUUCAGCGAUAGCCGACUCCACGAAAGAUUCAUUAUUAAGAGCUGACUGAUUGUUAGAAAAACGCGCCUGACAAGGUGUGCUAAUGAAUGGGAUCCGAUAACCGAAUUUAAUAGUGUCGAUAACAAAACUAUUGGCACCAAUAGUGUACCAAUAACUUAAACAGGACCUAAGUCUACCCUAAAGUACUGGCAAUGCAGAAUUCUGUUCAAAUUCAAAUAGAUUGCGAUCAUAAUCGAAAUCGACUGAUGAACUAGAGUCUCUUUCCCUGAAAUACUUCAAAUAGGAAGGACACAUGUCUAAUAAAUUGAGUAAAGCUGAUAUCUAACCUUGGAAAACAAGUUUUCAAUUCUGUGGUCCUAUUUACCUCCAAUGCCCGAAAGACCAGAAGAACUAGGAAAGGACGGCCCCGAGCUUGAAGAUCUGGCUUGAGGAUUAACUUGACACUGAGACCUCCAAUGACCUUGCUAGCCGCAGGCGAAACAAAUAUCACUUGGUCUUGGUUUGCUGAAAGCGCCAAAAGUACGAGAAAUAGGUCUGGAGGAUGAUGAAUGUUGGCCAGCAAACGCGGUGGUUGCGGUAGAUGAUUGGAGUUGUGAAUAACCUUGCUUGGAUGGCUUCGCUUUCUGUUGGCGUUGGUUGCGUUUACGAAGGGCCCUCUGUUCGGCACGGCGGAUACGCUUUUCGUCCUCUGACCCGCUAGCCAGCUCGUCAGAUAAAUACUCGUUCACUAAAUCCCAACCGGCGGCGGACUUGUCUGCCAGUCUGAUAAGUUUGUUGCGCUUCUCGAUGUCAGAGUCUAGUUCUUCCAGGUGAGUUUUAACAAGGUCUAAUUUUCUCUUCCCGAGAGCAACUGACGCCGACUUCACCUUCUCUGCAAGGUCGGAGUUGAAUUGAAACUGUUUCUUCAUGAUUACCUUCGAAUCUAAACGUGAUCUUGGACUCUUCUUUGAGCUUUUUGGCCACAGAAUCGGUAUUACUGCACCACUCGUCUUGAAUAUCGCGCUUCAAGGCGCCCAACUUCUUGUCGAAAUAAUCCCUGAAUAGAGAGAACGCGGACGCUAUAUCACUGCUGGAUUCUGAAGACUGGAUUGGUACUGAAGCUUCGAGAGAUUGAGGCAAAGGUUUUUUAGGAAGCGAAGGCAGCAAAACGUCGCUGCCAGGAAAAUCUGUGUUCGCUGGAGUAACGUCUUCGACAUCAGACAUAAUUUUGAGGGCGUAGGGACGGUCGUAAGACGCGAAUGAAUAUAAAUGAGAACAACUCGAAUAUAUAUAGCCUACCGCUAAUGAAGCAACAGAACAGUAUUCCAUGUAACACCCCAAAGAAAAGGUUACAUAACCCAUGAUAAAUACAUUUGUACGAUUUAGCCUUGUGUAUUGAUAAUAAUGAUAAUCACGUGGCUUUUGUCGGGCAUAUAUUGUUUAUUUGUGACCCUCGUAGCAUCAUUUGCACCCUCGCUCCGCUCGGGUGCAAAUGAUGCUACUCAGGCCACAAAUCAACUAUGUGCCCACCAAAAGUCAUGUGAUUGUCCUAUUUACAUCAUGCAUCAAAGUUACAGUUUCAUUUCUUUCCAAGAAGUAUCGCAUUAAAUUUUGUGAUAGACCUCUUAAGCUGGAUUUGUUUCUUUUUCCUUUACAAGCAAAGUGAUUUUACACUCGAGAAAUGUCAAGACUUUUGGAGGCGGAUUUCUUGAGAACACCACCACAUGCAAUGAGAAAUAAACAAACGAAGCUUAACAGGGCUGUUGCGUACGUUCUUAUUGCUUUGCUUAGUGAUUGGUUGAAAAUUGUCGUGCCACUUUCUCAACCAAUUAGGUCAGAAGUGAAAUCAAAACGAACCAUUCCUCAGUCACAUGCCUUUUCCUGCGCCUGGCCCCCGCUGUGAUUGUAUCUUUCGAGAUCUGAUUGUGCAUUGGUUUAUCUGCACUUGUGAUUGGUCAAAGUAGAUGACUUUGGGUUUUGGUUUACACUCAAUAAAAAUUGCCUUAAAGCCAAGCCAGGUCGAGCGUAGGUAGUUCGGAAAUUUCUGCCAGAAGUCUUCAUGACAGUUUUUUAUCCAUUGUGGUUUAGUUUUCAAUGUGACCGAAGACUGAGCUGUAGUAAAAAAUGCACUGCUUAAAGGAAUGCAGAUAUGAAUUUGAUAGUAGUUGUGGCAAUCACUAAGGGAUUCAUUUAUCAAAUAGUGAAUUCAUUAUGGAAUCUUUGGAGAUAUGCCUGACUGACGUGGUUGUAAUAUUAUACAUUUUCAUGCUUUUACACCCUAAUUUCAUUGAUUCGUAAUCGCAAACUUGUGUGCACAUGGAGAGACCUUUCUAAUGUGUCACAUGGCUGUUUCGUCGUCAUUUAGAUAACUGACGUCGGUGAUUUGGAAAGAGACCAGUAUGUUUGUGUGAGUUGCGGAGAAGGGUUCCUUAGAGCGAGAGGUAAUACUUUGAUGUGUUUGCUUUCUAUGUGUCUUUGCCGCCCAAGGUCUUAAACCCUGACCCUAUUUAAGGAUGAAACGAACGAAAAUUUAGGAUCAUCGUACGUGUCUGGGAAACUGCCCACCUACCCCUCCCCUAAGCCAACACUGCCACUUAAUUAAUCGCCAUUGGUUGGCUUAGGGAAGGAGUAGGUGGGCGGUUUCCCAGAAACGUAUUAUGAUCCACGAUUUAUUCCCUAAACUAUUUAAGGCCCAAACCUGAAAAAUGAACCAUAUUAAAGAGGAAACCAAAAACUGAAUAAUACACAAACAUUCAUUAAAUCGCUUUCCAAAUACUUUAAGGAACAGUUCAGUUUUAACAGAUUAUUUGUUUUCCGCGUAGCUAGGCACAAUUAAGGUAUCCUAUCCAAGGAUCAUACGGUGAACACAGCGCCAACAAAGGCAAAAAUGAUGACCUAUUUUAAGAUCAGGAUCAAGACCCCCAAAAGUUAUACCCUUUCGGGCAGCACAUAGCUACAUCUAGCCCAAAUAUGCGAGUACAACAGGGGCCUUUAAACCCUAAGAGUGAUCAGCAUCAAAUUUCUCCUUCUAAUAUCAGUGCUUUGUAAAACAGAGUGGUCAUGAGAAUCACGGUCUUGAUCACACAAGAUGAAUUUGCUUUAUCUUUUAUCAACUUCUCUCCACUACUUCUGUAGGAAAUAAAUAGGGGCAACAAAUGAGAAUUCAUAUUUUGAUCUUAGGGUUCAAAGGGUUAAACGAAGGUAAUUGUACUCACAGCACUCUACUAGCUCAACACUGUUAAGAAGCAAAGAUUUAGGAGUUGUGAGAGCAUUCGCCCCCCAUCAUUGAAGUUAUGCUGUGUUCAAGUCCCGGCAUGUACGUGGGCCGGUUUUGUUUCUGGUCUUCGCCCUUGCUCUUGGGUUUUUUUUUUUUCGGGUAUUUGGGUUUUCCGUCUCCUCAAAAACCAGCUUUUCUCAAUUCCAAUUCGAUCAGGAACGCACGAACACUUUUAAACAUUUUCUUCAGAGUUUCUUCGUGUUUCGUGGUUAUUCAACUUACAUUUCUAUGUGCAUUUCAAAGAUUUGUAUACUGUUUUGUUCAACUGCAGAUCGGCAGCAUCGCCAAGAGCUGAAAGCCACCUGGUCUCGAUUAAACAGACGAUCUGGCGGAGCAAUGAUCCCUGGAGCUGGUCCGGUUACUAGGAACAGUGUAAGUACACAUACGUCGGUAGCAUGAAAGAGAUUGAAAGAUGAAAUAAACUGAAAGAGGUGUGGUGUUUUUGGAUAUUGUUCUGAAUAUCAGUGGCUAAUUAUCGAUCACGUUAACGUGAUUACAUUCAAAAGUAUCCCGUAUGCCAAAAUUUGUUAAUCACUUUCCUCCUUUCAGCACGCGCGGUAUAAAAUUGAAUUGUAGUUUGUUUGUUACUUUCUUUCUUUCUGUGGCUUUAUUGCGAAGCACUUUAUUCCUAGUUCCUUUGGUACCAGGAAACUCCUUGGCUUUGGACCAAACAUAGAGCGUAUAUAAUUGGCUGAGGCAACUCCAGUGCCCUCUAUUCCUCCAAAAAUUUCAUUUAACAAUUAGUUCAUGCGUCAGCGUGCGUAUGUCGAGAUAUUGAGCACGCGGGAAGUUUGGAGAGCACGAAAGAGGCGUAAGAGUUGCACGAGGCGCAGCCGAGUGCAACUCUAGCCUCUUGAGUGCUCUCCAAACUUCCCAAGUGCUCAAUAUCUCGACAUACGCACAGCUGCAGCAUGAACUAAUUGUUUUAUAACAUUAUCAAAGCGAUCAAUGCAGCAGUUAACUGAAAAUUUUAUUAUUGAAGGGCGCGCUCAAAGCAGUACGCGUCAAUGUUUACGUGAAUAUAUCUUUUUUCCUCACAGUUAAUCUUAUGUUUUUAUCCUGAAACUGAGAGAAAGUGUACUCUAAAAUGAUUGUAAAAUCCAUAUUUAGGUGCCGGAAAACUAUUAAUUUACCGAAAAAUUGUUAUUGAGAGAAAACAACUUUGCAAAGAAUGAGCUCACGCCAUAGCCCGCACAGCUCGCGGAGAUGACAACAACAACAACAACACUCACCUCUUUUCCUUACUAUCGGUUAACAAAUUCAAACGUUUCCUCUUAAAUUUCUUUACAAAACACAUGGUAAACGCUUCAUUGUCUAUUGCUGAGUUAUGGAUGCACUCAGGAGACUCAGGAUUGCUAAGCUCACAACAACUCGAGGAAUUACGAACAGUUUAUUGACGUCAUCAGCGUGCUCAAUAGGAAUAUGAAGCACGCUCGCGCUAUUGAAUUUGAUUAGGCGAAUUUUCUAGCUAUGUUAUAAAAUUGUUUAGGACUUCAAUAGUAAGUUCCGCUAUGAGCGAGAAAUCACCGAAAUGAUAAACAUUAGUCUGAUCUGAGGUUGGUAUUUGUAACGAUCAUCUUAGGCAUUCUUGUUUAAAGAACAAUAGAUGACUCAAACAUUUCAGGUACAUUACAUUUCUUUCUUCUCAUUACUGAGUGUCCGUUAGAUUCGUGACGGGGAUAAACGAACCUUUUUUAACAAAGUGUGUAGGUUUUUUUUAUGAACUUCAAACGGCUCAUGCGUGUAACACAUCUUAGCUAACUGAAAUGGAGACCCUGCGGUAGUUUAUUAGGUUCAUAAGUGACAAUUUCCCUGAAUUUCGCAAGAAUUAGAAAGGUGGUAAGCGAAUUGUAGCACGUUUUAUAAGGUGACGGAAAAUACAAACUCCGGUGAAUACGCCAGAAUAUCUUUGCUUGUCUUUUGGUAGCAAACCCGUUGUUUAAGGCCCUGGGUGUUUGUCUCUUAUCUUAGCAACAAAGACGUGUUUGCAUGGCUGGGUUGGCGAUCUCGUCUCUCAGGUAUCCCUAUCCUAAUUAGCAUUGAAAAAUAUCAGGGAUUGUUUCAUCCAAAACAAGGUUGAAGGUUCUCUUUGAGUAGGUGUGGUUAAUCUUACCGUUUUAAAGGCAAAAGUCUUUUGAGAUUAAUUUUCCUCUCAAUAUUUUUCUCGUUCCUGGCCUAGUAUUACGUUGCACCAGCUUCGUUGUGCCCUUUUUUGUCCGGUUGGAGCAGAUAUAUUUCACGUUUGCUACGUUUGUCCUUAUUAGGCAACUUACGACAAGACCAUCCUGGCCUUACCUGCCCCAGUCUCUCCCCCGCCUCCAGGACAUAUUCCUCCCUCACCCACGAGGCAAAUGUCUGUCCACCGAUUGUCCAGUCGUCAUUAUUGAUUCAGUGACAUGUGUCAAUUAUGCUUCUUCACUGGGAAUGUUUUUUCACCAAUUAUCCAGUCGUCAUUGAUGAUGCGGUGACAUGUGUCAGUCACGUGUCUACAUUGGGAGUGUCUGUUCACUGAUUGUCCAUUCGUCAAUGAUGAUUCACUGACGUGCCAGUCAUGUAUCCACAUUGGGAGUGUCUGUUCACUGAUUGUCCAGUCGUCAAUGAUGAUCCACUGACAUGUGUCAGUCCUCUGUGUACAUUGGGAAUGGCAAGUUCACCGAUUGUCCAGUCAUCAUUAAUGAUUUAGUGACAUAUGUCAGUCAUGUGUCUACAUUGAGAAUGGCAACUUCAUCGACUGUCCAGUCGUCAUUUAUGAUUUAGUGACGUGAGUCAGUCAUGUGUCUACAUUGGGAAUUGCAAGUUCACCGACUGUCCAGUCGUCAUUUAUGAUUUAGUGACGUGAGUCAGUCAUGUGUCUACAUUGGGAAUGCUGUUCACCGAUUGUCCAGUCGUCAUUUAUAACUCAGUGACAUGUGUCAGUCUUGUGUCUCCACAUUAGGAGACUGUUAACCGAUUGUUCACCUUCUUUGAUGGUUCACAGACAUGUGUCAGCAGGACAGUGCCGGAAUGAUGAGCAUAAUGAAUCAGUUACUAGACGAAGACAUUUAAAAAAUGCUCAUUCAUUAUCGCGGAUUACCAGACUUCAGUUAAAGACUACAACCCCACCAGUUAUGACUGACAAGUAUCAAUCAACGAUUGGAAAAGCAGUUAUGAUUAGUGUCAGGAGUGUCGUAUUAUUACUUGGUUGACAUUUUAGUCGGUAAAUGAUGGCCAGUUGUCCUCAUGACUGAGAGAUAUAUUUUUCUCCAGUGCAUCUAGCGAUGACUGCCGAUUGACGGAUGCCCUGAGUUCAAGGAGUGUGAACCGUUUUUAACCUCAGUCCAUAUCAAGCCAUUGUCAAGUUCAACGAUAGCAAAAUUCAUUGUUUUGCUUCAUGAGAAAUCACGGUUGUUUGGAAUUUCCCACCCUUUAUGGAGCGUUCCCAUCCUCCUGGUGAUUGACAGAUGUCAAUUCGCAGAGUGACAGAUUGCCUGAUAAAUGGCCAAAACCCAACUCGUUCCGAUUUCCUGGGAUAAAUUGGUAAAGGGGACUGUGUGGUUCUUUUACAGCGAUGUGGAGUGUGUGGUAUCAAGCAAAGGUUUGUGUUAACGAAAGACAAAAGGAAAAUUUUGCCUUCCUUUUAACCACAAAACUGAGUGUCUAGGAAAUAACCUUGGCACGUCUCAAGAUGUUAACGGUUGUAACAAUUUUUCAGAGUAUUUUGUAUUAUUUAUUUCAAAAGCGAGCAAUUUUUACAAACGCAAAUUGAUGGCGUGUUUUCCGGCUGUACCAGCCGUGAAGGCUUCCUAAACAGCUCUCUUGGUUUUGUAAAUAAAAAUCUUUUACAGGA